AUGGAGCAAGGCUUCGCUAGGGCUGGGAUGAUUCCCCUUGGCAGGGAGAGCAGAGAAUCACUGUAAGUGCAUAUUUAUCAUCCAUGCCUUGGACUGCCUUCAGACAAACGAAAGCUCUGGUCUGCGUUUUUUUGCCUGUGUUCUGAAUGUAACUCUGUUUGCGUGGCCUUCUGAAAAUAAACAAUGUAAGAGGGGGCCUUGGUCUUUGAGUCUGAUGUAGAAGGUAGGGCCCUAUAAAAUCUGUUACGUUUAGUUUUUCCCCAAAUUCUGUUUCUCCCAUUCUUUUCAGGUUUUUGCUCUCAAAGUCACACUUUUUAAAUAGAAAAACAACAACAUUGGAUGUUGUAAGUCCACAACAAUACUUUAACCAAAUCAGGAGUACACUUUUGAGGUCUGGGAAAAAUCUAAUACAUUUAAAUUUUUGGGAGUAGUUACCCUUUAAGUCAACUAUGCACCAGCCAGAGACCAUUGUUUGGUUAGCAAUGUUUCUGUAGCGCUCAUGUGAUUGCAGAGUUUGCUAAACAAAUGGCCACUGGAUUGAUGCAAAUAAUCAUGAUAUCAUUCUGCAUAGGCUUCUUUGUAGUUAACAUUUAAUUGAGAAGGUUUUUGGGAACCUUUCCAUCUACCAGAAGACGGUUGUCAUUACAUUAGCAUCAUCACUAACGGCUACACAAAAUGGUAGACAAACGUGCACACCUGGACAAGGGCAUUCCUGUGCCGUUGCCUCUUCAGAAAGUUGAAGGAAAAUACGAAUCACUGAUGCAUUUUGUUUAUGUUUUAUGAUAAUCUUGUGCAAAUUAAUUAUAUUUUUUCUUUUAAUGAAUGACUUUUCUAAUAAGUUCAAUACAUUUAGUUGAUUUCCUGCUAAGUUCAAUACAUUUGUUAAUAUUGUUGAAUUCAGUUUUAAUAUCUGGAUUCCGUGAUUCCAUCCGCAAACUCCACAAUGCGGAUUUUAUAGACCCUAAUGGUAGAACUAGGCAAUUUACAGUAAUAUCAUAUGCAUAGGCUAUUUACUCACCCAUCACUAUUAUCAUAAAGUAAAGACAUGGUUGAAUGAUCCUUCAAGACAGCAACAUGCAGCAUUGCUAUUAUCCUAACUCAUAAACAAGCUAGCCUCAGCCAGUACUUAGCUAGGCUAGUUGUUUCAGUUUACCCUGCCUUUGACAUCUUUGAAGCUUGGAUGUUACUGUAAUCUGUGUUCUUGGUAGGAAGAAAGAAUAUAACACAAACUCAUCUUCUUCCGUCAAGGGCUAGUCCCUCUGGGACUGGCAGAGCAGAGCAGCACUCUUAUAAAUAAGUAUUCUUUAUCAUGCUGCUGCUUUGCUUUCCACUUGACCAGCUCCUGCUUGGCUGUAGGUCAAAUCAAAUCAAAUCAAAGGUUAUUGGUCACAUACACAUGUUUAGCAGAUGUUAUUGCGGGUGUAGCGAAAUGCUUGUGCUUCUAGCUCCAACAGUGCACUAAUAUCUAACAAUUCACAACAAUACACAUAACCUAAAAGUAAAAGAAUGGAAUUAAGAAAUAUAUAAAUUUUAGGAUGAGCAAUGUCGGAGUGGCAUAGACUAAAAUACAGUAGAAUAGAAUACAGUAUAUACAUAUGAGAUGAGUAAAGCAAAAAUAUGUAAACAUUAUUAAAGUGACUAGUGUUCCAUUAUUAAAGUGGCCAGCCUCUAAGGUGGAGGGUUACGUAACCGGGUGGAAGCCGCCUAGUGAUGGCUACUUAACAGUCUGAUGGCCUUGAGAUAGAAGCUGUUUUUCAGUCUCUCUGUCCCAGCUUUGAUGCACCUGUACUGACCUCACCUUCUGGAUGAUAGCGGGGUGAACAGGUAGUGGCUCGGGUGGUUGUUAUCCUUUUUGGCCUUCCUGUGACAUUGGGUGCUGAAGGUGUCCUGGAGAGCAGGUAAUUUGCCCCCGGUGAUGUGUUGUGCAGACCGCACCACCCUCUGGAGAGCCUUGCGGUUGCGGGCGGUGCAGUUGCCGUACCAGGCGGUGAUACAGCCCGACAGGAUGCUCUUAAUUGUGCAUCUGUAAAAGUUUGUGAGGGUUUUAGGUGUAUCCCCUUCUUCGCCACACUGUCUGUGUGGGUGGACCAUUUCAGAUCGUCAAUGAUGUGUACGCUGAGGAACUUGAAGCUUUCCACCUUCUCCACUGUGAUCCCGUCGAUGUGGAUAGGGGCGUGCGCCCUCUGCUGUUUCCUAAAGUCCACGAUCAGCUCGUUUGUUUUGUUGACGUUGAAUAAGAGAUUAUUUUCCUGGCACCACACUUCCAGGGCCCUCACCUCCUUCCUGUAGGCUGUCUCGUCAUCGUUGGUAAUCUGGCCUACUACUGUUGUGUCGUCUGCAAACUUGAUGAUUGAGUUGGAGGCGUGCGUGGCCACGCAGUCAUGGGUGAACAGGGAGUACAGGAGGGGGCUGAGCACACACCCUUGUGGGGCCCCUGUGUUGAGGAUCAGUAAAGUGGAGGUGUUGUUUCCUACCUUCACCACCUGGGGGUGGCCCGUCAGGAAGUCCAGGAUCCAAUUGCACAGGGCGGGGUUCAGACCCAGGGCCCUGAGCUUAAUGAUGAGCUUGGAGGGUACUAUGGUGUUGAAUGCUGAGCUAUAGUCAAUGAACAGCAUUCUUACAUAGGUAUUCCUCUUGUCCAGAUGGGAUAGGGCAGUGUGCAGUACGAUGGCGAUUGCAUCGUCUUUGGAUCUAUUGGAGCGGUAAGCAAAUUGAAGUGGGUCUAGGGUGUCAGGUAAGGUAGAGGUGAUAUGAUCCUUAACUAGCCUCUCAAAGCACUUCAUGAUGACAGAAGUGAGUGCUACGGGGCGAUAGUCAUUUAGUUACCUUUGCUUUCUUUGGUACAGGAACGAUGGUGGACAUCUUGACGCAAGUGGGGACAGAAGACUGGGAUAGGGAGAGAUUGAAUAUGUCCGUAAACACUCCAGCCAGCUGUUCUGCGCAUGCUCUGAGGACGCAGUUAGGGAUGCGUCUGGGCCAGCAGCCUUGCGAGGGUUAACACGCUUAAAUGUCUUACUCACAUUGGUCACGGAGAAGGAGGGCCCACAGUCCUUGGUAGCGGGCCGCGUCGGUGGCACUGUGUUAUCCUUAAAGCGGGCGAAGAAGGUGUUUAGCUUGUCCGGAAGCAAGACGUCGGUGUCCGCGACCUGGCAAGUUUCCCCUUUGCAGUCCAUGAUUGUCUUUAGACCUUUCCACAUACGUCUCGUGUCUGAGCCGUUGAAUUGCGACUCCACUUUGUCUUUAUACUGACGUUUUGCCUGUUUGAUUGCCUUACGGAGGGAAUAACUAUACUGUUUGUGUUCGCCCAUAUUCCCAGUCACCUUGCCAUCGUUAAAUGCAGUGGUUCGCGCUUUCAGUUUUGCGCAAAUGCUGCCAUCUAUCCACGGUUUCUGGUUUGGGUAGGUUUUAAUAGUCAUAGUGGGUACAUCAUCUCUUAUACACUUCCUGAUGAACUCAGUCACCGUAUCCGUGUAUUCGUCAAUGUUAUUCUCAGAGGCUACCUGGAACAUAUCCCAGUCCGCGUGAUCAAAACAAUCUUGAAGCAUGGAUUACGAUUGGUCAGACCAGAGUUGAAUAGUCCUUAGCACGGGUACUUCCUGUUUGAGUUUCUGCCUAUAGGAAGGUAGGAGCAAAAUGGAGUCAUGAUCAGAUUUGCUGAAGGGAGGGCAGGGGAGGGCCUUGUAGGCAUUUCGAAAAGCUGAGUAGCAGUGGUCUAAUGUUUUCUCAGAGCGAGUGCUACAGUCAAUGUGUUGGUAGAACUUCGGUAGCGUUUUCCACAAAUUUGCUUUGUUAAAAUCCCCAGCUACAAUAAAUGAGGCCUCAGGAUAUGUGGUUUCCAGUUUGCAUAAUGUCCAGUGUAGUUCUUUGAGGGCCGUAGUGGUAUCGGCUUGAGGGGGAAUAUACACAGCUGUGACUAUAACCGACGAGAAUUCUCUUGGGAGGUAGUGCCUUUAUUGUGGAGCAGUCUUAACAGUGACAACUUGAAUCACAUCGUCCCAGAGUCUGGCAAGUAGAAGUAGAACCAGUAGUGAGCGAAUGAGCCCCUGCUAUCUCCUGCCUUCUCCCCAGCGGCUGAUGGGGACCACAGAUGUACAUCACCAUCAUAUUCAGAUCACCAUCGUAUUCAGCAGACUCAUUUUCUACCCUCACUGCUGAAAGACACAGUAGAUUCAGCAGCAGCAGUGCCACUUUGAAUUAGGCGUUAAUGAAGUGGUUUUGAUGAUGAAAUCACCAUACUGAGUAGUCUACCCCAGACUAAUUUUCCCUCUGGUGUUAUCAUUUUACAGCCACACAGAGCAGCUCAGCUCCCUCAGACUUCUUCAUAUCAGUUUUCUGCACACUGGCAACAUUGUUUCCCCCCCACUGAAACAGAUGGUUAAAGUGACAAUGAACUGACCUUGAACUGGCUAUCCUUUAGGCUAACUCUGAAUCAGUAUGUUCUUAGUAUACUUAGUAUUUCAAGACCAUUAGCAGUAUAGGGUGGAAUAUUGGCUACAGUGCUCUAUUUCAGCUAUCUGUGGGUCUGGCCUCCCUUUGUGUGGAGACCUGCACAUCAUCCUUACUAGUAGUUAUCACAAUACAGUUCACGUCAGCACAGUGAAAAGUGAUGACAACAGUUCCAUGCUCUGUUUCUGCAGUCAGCUAUCAGCCCACAGCUUUUCCUCCUUCAGGCUCAGAGAAAAAAGUUUCUAGGUCAAAUGGACCAUGGUGACUCUGGUAUAAUUGUUCCCCCAGACACAGCAGAAUAAUUGUUCUACUUAGCUUCAUUUUUUACAUUUUAGUCAGUUAGCAGACGCUCUUAUCCAGAGCGACUUACAGUUAGUGAGUGCAUACAUUUUCAUACUGGCCCCCUGUGGGAAUUGAACCCACAAUCCUGGCAUUGCAAGCGCCAUGCUCUACCAACUGAGCUACACGGGGCCUAUAGGUCCUAGACUUCCUUAUACAGUGGGGGAAAAAAGUAUUUAGUCAGCCACCAAUUGUGCAAGUUCUCCCACUUAAAAAGAUGAGAGAGGCCUGUAAUUUUAAUAAUAGGUACAGGUCAACUAUGACAGACAAAAUGAGAAUUUCUUUUCCAGAAAAUCACAUUGUAGGAUUUUUAAUGAAUUUAUUUGCAAAUGAUGGUGGAAAAUAAGUAUUUGGUCAAUAACAAAAGUUUCUCAAUACUUUGUUAUAUACCCUUUGUUGGCAAUGACACAGGUCAAACGUUUUCUGUAAGUCUUCACAAGGUUUUCACACACUGUUGCUGGUAUUUUGGCCCAUUCCUCCAUGCAGAUCUCCUCUAGAGCAGUGAUGUUUUGGGGCUGUCGCUGGGCAACACGGACUUUCAACUCCCUCCAAAGAUUUUCUAUGGGGUUGAGAUCUGGAGACUGGCUAGGCCACUCCAGGACCUUGAAAUGCUUCUUACGAAGCCACUCCUUCGUUGCACGGGCGGUGUGUUUGGGAUCAUUGUCAUGCUGAAAGACCCAGCCACGUUUCAUCUUCAAUGCCCUUGCUGAUGGAAGGAGGUUUUCACUCAAAAUCUCACGAUACAUGGCCCCAUUCAUUCUUUCCUUUACACUGAUCAGUAGUCCUGGUCCCUUUGCAGAAAAACAGCCCCAAAGCAUGAUGUUUCCACCCCCAUGCUUCACAGUAGGUAUGGUGUUCUUUGGAUGCAACUCAGCAUUCUUUGUCCUCCAAACACGACGAGUUGAGUUUUUACCAAAAAGUUAUAUUUUGGUUUCAUCUGACCAUAUGACAUUCUCCCAAUCCUCUUCUGGAUCAUCCAAAUGCACUCUAGCAAACUUCAGACGGGCCUGGACAUGUACUGGCUUAAGCAGGGGGACACGUCUGGCACUGCAGGAUUUGAGUCCCUGGCGGCGUAGUGUGUUACUGAUGGUAGGCUUUGUUACUUUGGUCCCAGCUCUCUGCAGGUCAUUCACUAGAUCCCCCCGUGUGGUUCUGGGAUUUUUGCUCACCGUUCUUGUGAUAAUUUUGACCCCACGGGGUGAGAUCUUGCGUGGAGCCCCAGAUCGAGGGAGAUUAUCAGUGGUCUUGUAUGUCUUCCAUUUCCUAAUAAUUGCUCCCACAAUUGAUUUCUUCAAACCAAGCUGCUUACCUAUUGCAGAUUCAGUCUUCCCAGCCUGGUGCAGGUCUACAAUUUUGUUUCUGGUGUCCUUUGACAGCUCUUUGGUCUUGGCCAUAGUGGAGUUUGGAGUGUGACUGUUUGAGGUUGUGGACAGGUGUCUUUUAUACUGAUAACAAGUUCAAACAGGUGCCAUUAAUACAGGUAACGAGUGGAGGACAGAGGAGCCUCUUAAAGAAGAAGUUACAGGUCUGUGAGAGCCAGAAAUCUUGCUUGUUUGUAGGUGACCAAAUACUUAUUUUCCACCAUAAUUUGCAAAUAAAUUCAUAAAAAAUCCUACAAUGUGAUUUUCUGGAUAUUUUUUUCUCAAUUUGUCUGUCAUAGUUGACGUGUACCUAUGAUUAAAAUUACAGGCCUCUCUCAUCUUUUUAAGUGGGAGAACUUGCACAAUUGGUGGCUGACUAAAUACUUUUUUCCCCACUGUAGGUCCUAGUUCUGCUCUUUCCUUGUCUCUGUGAAUGAAAUCUGGGCUGUACGUUCUCCAGCAGCAUCACACUAUAGGCUACCCAGGCAACAACAAAAAAACGGUCCAAACUAGCCUAAGCUCUGGCUAAUUAUGAGUAGCGUCCAUUGCCAUGUGAAAUGUGAUCUGUGCGGGAUGACAAUGGACUCAUUCAUUAUUCAUGAGAGCAGGGAGCCAGAGACUGAUCAAUGGCAGCAGCCAUCAAAAGCCAAACAUUGGGGUGCUGAUGCUGUCGCCAGGCCCUGUAGCACAACCAAACAGUUCUAUUGAACCACAACCCCAGUAUGGCUAUCUUUUUCUGCCCUUUGAAGCUGUGCUGCAUUCUUUGGCAUAGGGAUCGCUUUUGAGGAGAGAGGUCUGUUUUGGUUUGGUCAAGGACAGGUCAAUGCAAUGUAAUGGGGUUUAGAAGUAUGCCACAAUUCACAAGAUGAUAUUACAAUAAUCUAUAGGCCUAGGCUAUAAACAAAUUACAUGUAUUUGUUAUGAAUAUGAAUACUGUAAGUAGGUAGGCAUCAUUUUAUAUUUUUGUGAAAAUGUUCCCUAAAUCUAUGGCCUACCUCUUAAGCCUGUCACAUGCUUCAUAGUCGAAACAGUCAGCUCUUAUAUUAUGACAACAUUUUGUGACGUUUUUUGUUUGUUUUGGUGUUCGGCAGGGGUCUACGCCCCUUCGUCAGUGAUUGGUCAACAGUACUACUCCUAGUAGGAGUGGGAACCAUGGACGGGAUUCUUCAAUUAAGUGUUUGUUGCCAUUCAACGAGAGACGACUAGUUUUCAUGCAAAUGUUUUCACUUGUGAAGUACUGCACCUAACAUCUUAAUUAGAUGUAAAAUAGUGUGACUAAGACCUCCUCUGCAAAAGCGUCUAAAUUAAUUACAGAUUUCUUGAUUUAUCUUAAUUGAAUUAUUAAUUCAGACUAUUUUGAGGAAGUGUAUACUGGCUAUGUUGUUGCUACAGCGUCUCAAUAGUAAUAUUGCCGCUUUUUUCUCGUUUUUCAAGCGAAGGUCUUUUAAGGGAGUAUGCGAGGCACAGACGUUCGCUUCGCCAGCCAAGUUCUGCUAGGAGCAAACCAAACCUAGUAUGCGGGUGCGUUUAGUUGUGUUAUGGACGGUAUAACACUGCCCCUCAAGCUACAGUAAGAGCAUGAAAGCUUAUUACCAGGACAUUUUCAGCCAUAUUACCUGCAAUAUAACUAGCAGUAUAUAGCAUAGGUAACAGGCUGAAGCUGGUGUGUGAAGGUACCACAGUGUCUUUGGACCUCUGCUAGUGAUUGGUGAGCACCAUUUGUCUCUAUUUGUAACGAGGCAAUUUUCCACUGCAGUUCUUCAGUCCCACAAAAUGUUCACCUCUAAAUAUUGUUUAUUGUACUUACGAUGAUUGACAGUGAUCCAGGGCAAUCAAGGACUCACAGGUGGGUGGUCUUUGGCUGGACAUGGGCGUGUAGUAGGUUACAAUGUUUUAAAUGUCAUGUAACAAAUGAAAGGGACAUUUAUCUUUUAUUUUUAUUUUUUAUAUAUAGACGUUGGUGGGUAAUAUCAGUAGACCUACUGUAUAUGUCCAGGUCUGGACUGCGUGGUCCUGGGGUCUCUAGGCCUGCUUGUGCUUAUCUAUGUGAUUCGAUCAUACGCCAUGUUGAUGGUCAUAAAAUAGUCAUUUCUUGAUGGUAUUUGUAUGAGUGAGGUCUGAAUUGCCCUGGCUGGAGGUUUUUAUCAGUGACUCCAGGUGCAAGCCUUUGUUUCCUGUUGUAUUUCUGCUACAGUGUAUUCCACAGUGAAAGCCUCUCUCUCUCUCUCUCUCUCUCUCUCUCUCUCUCUCUCUCUCUCUCUCUCUCUCUCUCUCUCUCUCUCUCUCUCUCUCUCUCUCUCUCUCUCUCUCUCUCUCUCUCUCUCUCUCUCUCUCUCUCUCUCUCUCUCUCUCUCUCUCUCUCUCUCUCUCUCUCUCUCUCAAUUCAAUUCAAUUUCAAUUUAAGGGCUUUAUUGGCAUGGGAAACAUACGUUAACAUUGCCAAAGCAAGUGAAGUAGAUAGUAAACAAAAGUGAAAUAAACAAUAAAUAUUAACAGUAAACAUUACACUCAGAAGUUCCAAAAUAAUAAAGACAUUUCAAAUGUCAUAUUAUGUAUAUAUACAGUGUUGUCUCUCGCUCUGCAGAUAAGACCAUUAUGUCUCAGUUUGUAAUCAAACCUGAAAACAAACUGACUACUCCACGUCUCCAACACCAUCAUUAAGUUUGCCGACGACACAACAGUGGUAGGCCUGAUCACCGACAACGAUGAGACAGCCUAUAGGGAGGAGGUCAGAGAUCUGGCCGUGUGGUGCCAGGACAACAACCUCUCCCUCAACGUGACCAAGACAAAGGAGAUGAUUGUGGACUACAGGAAAAAAAAGAGGACUGAGCACGCCCCCAUUCUCAUCGACGGGGCUGUAGUGGAACAGGUUGAGAGCUUCAAGUUCCUUGGUGUCCACAUCACCAACGAACUAUCAUGGUCCAAACACACCAAGACAGUCGUGAAGAGGGCACGACAAAGCCUAUUCCCCCUCAGGAGACUAAAAAGAUUUGGCAUGGGUCCUCAGAUCCUCAAAUAAUUCUACAGCUGCACCAUCGAGAGCAUCCUGACUGGUUGCAUCACUGCCUGGUAUGGCAACUGCUUGGCCUCAGACCGCAAGGCACUACAGAGGGUAGUGCGUACGGCGCAGUACAUCACUGGGGCAAAGCUUCCUGCCAUCCAGGACCUCUAUACCAGGCGGUGUCAGAGGAAGGCCCUCAAAAUUGUCAAAGACUCCAGCCUCCCUAGUCAUAGACUGUUCUCUCUGCUACCGCACGGCAAGCGGUACCGGAGUGCCAAGUCUAGGUCCAAAAGACUUCUCAACAGCUUCUACCCCCAAGCCAUAAGACUCCUGAACAGCUAAUCAUGGCUAUCCGGACUAUUUGCACUGCCCCCCCACCCCAUCCUUUUUACGCUGCUGCUACUCUGUUAAGUAUUUAUGCAUAGUCACUUUAACUCUACCCACAUGUACAUAUUACCUCAACUACCUCAACUAGCCGGUGCCCCCGCACAUUGACUCUGCAAUGGUACCCCCCUGUAUAUAUAGCCUCCCUACUGUCACUUUAUUUUACUUCUGCUCUUUUUUUUCUCAACACUUUUUUUUGUUGUUGUUUUAUUUUUACUUUUUUUGUUUAAAAUAAAUGCACUGUUGGUUAAGGGCUGUAAGUAAGCAUUUCACUGUAAUGUCUGCACCUGUUGUAUUCGGCGCAUGUGACCAAUACAAUUUGAUUUGAUUUGAUUUACUCCGAAUGGAAGCCUGGCUGUGUCAGUCAGAUAACAGAGAGAUUGUGAUGUCAUUGGUGUAAGUAGGGUAAAGAAGAACAUUUGAGAACUCUAACUUCAACCUUUCAGAUCAGUUGAACAUAGACUUUGAAAUGCACAGGGUGUCUUUUGUUUUUCAUUAACACAAUCAUAGUUUUACGCUCCUGUUAUCACACAGGCAUAGAGAAAUACCCCAAAUAAAUGUGGUUGCUUUCAAUGGGGUGUGAAAAGAAACAAACCACUGUUGUGAACUUUGUGUGAGGCAAAGUUCCAAAUUUGGCAGAAGGCAACACUAAGGCCAUAUUGCUCUGGGUGCAAAUCAUUCUACGCUUCAAUGAACGGCCACAAAUUAUUUAUAUAUUUCUCUCAGCAGAUGGUGCCGCUCGGUCCGGCCUCUUUUGAGAUACUAUGGGGUAAAUUGUAUAAUGUUGUUUUGGUUCCUCAUCCACCCUGGCCUGCACCCUUAAGUAGCCAGACUCACACAGCCGCCCAACAUAGCAAUAAACCACCCUCUCAGGCUUAUAUAGCCGACUUCAUUGAUUAAGAAUGAUUUCCUUUAUGAGGUAAUGUGUUUUUCUGUCCCAGUAAGUGUUUGCUCUCUUAGGAGCAGGUCUGAGAAUCCCCAGUCUUAUCCAGGGCCAGGCUGAGGCAGAGGAGAGGAGAGGAGAGUGCAAUGACACAGUCCUCAGGGCUUCUCUAGUUACAAGCCUCCCUUUGCCUUUCUGUCUUUCGAAGAAAAUCUGGGCCGGGGAGAGUGGAGGGGAUGGAGGGGAUGGAGGGGGGUGGGGAGUGGGAGAAGACGCAUGGGGAACUUCAGUGUUCUCCAAUGAAUUACACGAUACUCCGGCAAUGGAAAAGUCUGCUUCUCUGGAGAAAACCACUAGGAAAUAAUUUGGUUGCUAACUAAACUAACUCCUCUACCUCCCUCUUUUUCUUCCUCCUCUCUCUCUCCCACUUUCUGUAUCUCUCUUCCUCUCUCCCGGUCUCCCUCUCACACAGACUCCCCUCCCCCUCUUCCUCUCUCUCUGUCUUAUCUUAAAAUGGAUUCCCAGAGGAUAAAACACAAGGGCUCCAUGAAUAUUUGAUGAAAUGCAGGCAUGACCUCAGUCAGGUCUACACUCAUGCUCCAUCCGGCAGGGCAGCCCAGACGGGAGCACUUGGCUGGACUAGGGUUGCAAAGGGAGGGUAUAUUACUGGAAACUUUUGAAGUUUACCAGUAAACUACCAGAAUUGUGGUAUCUUUCAAGGAUUUUAUGUAAUCUAUCACAAGACAACUAGUGGCCCUUUUGGGUACUUCAGAUUAUCACAGGCAUCUGUAAUUAUCUCUGGUCCUCUGUGAGGCCUUAUCACAUGAAUAUACAAUAUGAAAUAAUUACAUAAGAUGAUUUGUUUUAAAAAAUUGAAUGACAAAGCUGUUAAACAUUAUCCUAAAUACAAACCAUCAACUUAGUGAAUACCAUUGGUGUUUCAGCAUGAAAUAUCCUUUGUAUUUGUUUUUCACACUGUUAUUUAUUUGACUAUGUCAAUAUGUAUUUGUUGUCAAUGUUUUUGCAUCAAACUGGUGGCAGUUGUGAAAAAAGUUAAUAGUUGGACGAGUUGCAGAGGUAAUUGAAAAUAAUGCCAUUGUUGAUUAGAUGCUUUUAAAAUUAAUUUGGCUAUUUUCUCUUGAACCAUAUGGUCUAUCCACUAAACAUCAUGGACAAUAUGGACACAUAUGUAAAAAAUGAUUACUAUAUAUGAAUAAAAAAAAUUAAAAGUUACUCAAGUAUAAAUUACGAAAGUUACGAUAGAUUGCCAUAGAUUUUCUGUUAAUUACCAAAAUUACUGAAGAUUCCUUUAACUUUAGUAAAUUACUGGUAGCUUUGCAAUCCUACAUUUACAUUUACAUCAUUUAGCAGAUCCUAGCCAAUCCUAGGCUGGACUAUGAAAACGACUCUGUAACUGCAAAGCUAUGUGGUCAUCUGUCACGGACCCUAGCUAGCUGUCAUUUUCAGUGAUGUAAUUCACCAUGGCCUGUUAAACUGUUGAUAGUGCCAAGCUAAUUGUCAUUGAUAGUGUUUUAUUGUAGACCUUCUACUGCCAGAGGUAUGAGGUGCUUUACGGAUAGAAACUUCAUUUUUGUCUGUAAAGGACAUCACUUAUUUUUACUCCUCUUUUGUUGCUUAUAAAAAGGGAUGUAUAUAAGUGAUUUGUUACAACACUGCCGAGAAGACUAACCAGCAGUACUAUUUUAUCUCACUUGUUCACGUUCUUCGCUCCUCUAGAAAAGGCUUGAACUGUUUUCUAUUCUAAUUUCAACCUUGUCAUGAGGACUUGAAUCAGCAUACAAUCUUGGUUUUAUCGUUACAUCCAUAAGCUAAGCAAAUGUGAGCAGUGAGUGAGCAUGUGGGAAAGCAAUUGACCAACGAUAACGGCGAUCCUAUAACAUGAAACUAUUGACUUUUAGUGGGGGUCUGCUCAGUGCUCAGCUGUUUCUCCCUGGGCUCUAGAUCUAAUGAAAGCCAACUAAUAAAAACAAUGGAAUCUUUCCCACCUCAAAAGCUCCCCAGAUAAAGCAAACGUGAACACAGACAUGUCUUGAUUGUUCUAUUGCACUCUGGGUUUGUAGCCGACUGCCAGCCUCGGAAGAGCCAGUCACGCAAGGGGCUCUGCUCAAAACAGAACCAUGUGUGGGCUUGUAGUUAGCAUUAAUACGAAAAUACCGCUUCCUUCUCCCACCCCUUCCUUUUUUCAAAUUGCACAACCCAUUAAAUGACUUAUUUUUUGCUAUAAGGAGCCUGGCAAACAAAGGAUAUGAUUUCAUUGGGGGGGGGGGGGGGACCUGUAAUUGGUAUCUCAGCUUUCCCAGCAGCUCAUAUAAGCUAGGACCAUGUCUAUGUCUGUGUGUGUUUCAUAGCUGCUUGGCUGAAACUGAAUUUGUAAUCUGACUCUGAUAAUGAAAGGUGGGGUGCCCCAUAUGUUGGUACUGGAUGGUUCAGUGGUAUUCUGCUCGGAGCUGUGUGUAUAUGUGUGUGUGUGUGUGUGUGUGUGUGUGUGUGUGUGUGUGUGCGUACUUGUGUGUGUGUGUUUAUUUAGUGAGUUUUGUUAUUGCCUCAAACCCAGGCUCACACUGGUUGCCUUUGGCUCCGCAGUACCAGUCUCCCUGUCUGAGCUACAUCAUGUUCUCAGCUUAGGGAAGCCUGAUGAAGACAAUUUAGAGUUGCGAAUGCUACACUCAUUUUGUGAAAAUAGAUUAUUAGUCUCAUCUAAAAACAUAUGUUCCCACACAGACUUGGCUGUAGAUAUACAAUACCUGCUUUCACAGACACCAAAACUAUUUCUGCUCAAUGUUCUUAGCAUAGGAAAGCCUGAUGAAGACAACGUAGAGUUGUGAAUGCAAUUAUAUAGAUCUAAAAGGCACCAUUUAUCGUCCUUUGCGUUUCACAAAUAUUGAGAAGUUUUUUUAUAUUGUCCUGCAAAUGGCAGAACAGAAAAACACUGCAUAACUGGGAAUAGUGUUGCUUUUUCCAUCUAGCCUACAGCAGUGGGCAACUGGGUAUGGGUGUGUAGAGAGAAUGGGAUGGGUUGUGAUUGAAUCACUGACAUCACAGACAUCAGAGAUAGGCUUUCUGCAGACAGGCCUUAUCAGGUUAGUUCUAUUUUGGAUCUUGGAUCGGUAGGACGUGUGGGAGGGGUAAAUUACAUUUUGGUUCGCUCGAAUGAUUCAUAUUGAUUUGAUCUCAACACAGCAUCUUGGUUUGUGCCCAAGAAAGAAACUCUAGUAAAGGGGAGCACUGUAUGAAAAGCCAUCUGUGUAAAAAGUAUAGCCCACCCACUGGGCACACUAAGUCAUGUCAGAUGUCAGAUCUUUUGUUUAUUUAUACAACAGAUUAAUGUGUUAUCACUGUGCUUCAUCUAAUAGCAUAACCAAAUUAUCUGGAUUGCAGCUGAGUAGAAAAGUAUAUGGUGAAAGUGAUCAAUGCUGUUCGAGAUUCUGCACAGAUUAUUUCAGCAAUUGUGAAGAUCUCCACAGACCUGCAACGACCUAUGCAUGCUAUUUUGAUUAUUUUUUUUGCCAUGGAUGUGUUACUCAUUUUAAGUUUCAACGUUACAUUAGUUUGUAAGGCUAUUUACUGUAUUACAAAAGUAAUUUUUAAUUGUGUUUGGUUGACAACGCAAACAAAUAUCAACAUUUAAAGGAGAUGUAUUUGCUGCUUGGAUAGUUCCAUCUGAGCCAAUGGCUAAAUCCCAUUCGUUAACUUUUAUUUUUGGUUAAGUUGGAGACAUGAAUCCAAGAUAUAAUUUGUUAACUUGUCGACAAGUUAAUAUGCUAUUUAUUCUAUUUCAAAAGUGAGAUUGAAUUGUGUUUGUUUGUCAACACAACCAAAUAUAAACAUUUGAACAAGAUUUAUCUUCUGCUUAGAGAGUUCCAUCUGUGCCACUGACUUAUUCUGGCUUUAAUUCCAGUUUGUCUACAAAUUAAUAAUUGAUAAUUGAUAUGUUGGAUUCACAUCUCCAUCUCAACCAAAUAGGACUGAAUCAAAUCAAAUCAAACUUUAAAUUAACUUUAAAGAAAGUUUGAUUUGAUUUAGUCCUAUUCUUUAACUUUGAUUUUUGGUUUAGAUCGAGAUGUGAAUCCAGCGUAUAAAUUAUUAAUUUGAAUACAAACUGGAAUUAAAGCCAGACUAAUUAGUGGCACAGAUGGAACUAACUCCUUAAAAUGUUUAUUAUUUGGUUGUGUUGACAACCAUACACAAUUCAAUAUCACUAAAUAUCAUAAUAUUUGAUAUCAACCAGAGUUUAAAAACCUAGGCCUAUUGUAUUGUCUAUUUUUUGUUGAAUUGAAACAAUAGCUGUUGAUGACUUUACAAAUGCUAUAUGCCAAAAUACACUGAACAAAAUUAUAUACGCAACAUGCAACAAUUUCUAAGAUUUUACUGAGUUACAGUUCAUUUAAGGAAAUUAAUUAAUUUAAGGAAAUUAAUUAAUUAGGCCCUAAUCUAUGGAUUUCACAUGACUGGGAAUACAGAUAUGCAUCUGUUGGUCUCAGAUACCUUUAAAAAAAGGUAAGGGCGUGGAUUAGAAAACCAGUCGGUAUCUGGUGACACCACCAUUUGCCUCAUGCAGCGUGACAAAUCUCCUUCGCAUAGAGUUGAUCAAGCUGUUGAUUGUGGCCUGUGGAAUGUUGUCCCAUUCCUCUUCAAUGGCUGGACAUUGGCGGGAACUGGAAAAUGCUGUCGUAAACGUUGAUCCAGAGCAUCCCAAACAUGAUCAAUGGGUGACAUGUCUGGUGAGUAUGCAGGCCAUGGAGGAACUGGGACAUUUUCAGCUUCCAGGAAUUGUGUACAGAUCCUUGCGUCAGGAUCUUGUCACGACAUCUCUGCAUUCAAAUUGCCAUUGAUAAAAUGCAAUUGUGUUCGUUGUCCAUAGUUUAUGCCUGCCCAUACCAUAACCCCACCGCCACCAUGGGGCACUCUGUUCACAACGUUGACCUCAGCAAACCGCUCGCCCACACGAUGCCAUACACACUGUCUGCCAUCUGCAGUUGAAACCAGGAUUCAUCCAUGAAGAGCACCCUUCUCCAGUGUGUCAGUGGCCAUCGACGGUAAGCAUUUGACCACUGAAGUCGGUUACGAUGCCGAACUGCAGUCAAGGUCAAGACCCUGGUGAGGACGACGAGCACGCAGAUGAGCUUCCCUGAGACGAUUUCUGACAGUUUGUGCACAAAUUCUUCGGUUGUGCAAACCCACAGUUUCAUCAGCUGUCCGGGUGGCUGGUCUCAUACGAUCCCCCAGGUGAAGAAGCCGGAUGUGGAGGUGCUGGGCUGGCGUGGUUACACGUGGUCUGCGGUUGUGAGGCCGGUUGGACGUACUGCCAAAUUCUGUAAAACGACGUUGGAGACAGUUUAUGGUAGAGAAAUUAACAUUACAUUCUCUGGCAACAGCUCUGGUGGACAUUCCUGCAGUCAGCAUGCCAAUUGCAAUCUCCCUCAAAUCUUGAGACAUCUGUGGCAUUGUGUUUACAAAACUGCACAUUUCAGAGUGGCCUUUUAUUGUCCCCAGCACAAGGUGCACCUGAUCCUGCUGUUUAAUCAGCUUAUUGAUAUGCCACACCUGUCAGGUGGAUGGAUUAUCUUGGCAAAGGAGAAAAUGCUCACUAACAUGGAUGUAAACAAAUUUGUGAAUUAAAUAAGCUUUUUUACAUGUUCUGUUCAUAUUUUUGUUCAGUGUAGAUUUGGAUAGAAUUUUGAUUAACCACAUGACAAUGAUUUUGAGAUACGAAGACGUUAUAAUACAUCUAAUGAAAAUGUUCCACGGAAAUGUGCAUAUGAAAAUCAUAACUGGUACGCAACGCAGAUCGGUAGAAAUUGUAAGAUAAAUUGUCAUUCCACAUGAGAAAGUUUGCCGAGUCCUCGUGUAGCCUAUUACUGGCAACUUCAGGAGAGUAACGGCAGAAUCUGUGAAAGCCAGUAGGAGCGGGUGGAGGAUGGUCAGGACAGGUUAAUGUUUUUUUCUUCUGGUUAUCUUGAUUUCUGGCUCCCUCUUGAGUCAUUUGUGUAUUAUUUCAUCAAACAGUUAGCUUAAAGCAUCAGACAAGCUCAAUGCAUAUAUUUAUUAAAACACAUAGGAUGUGUCUAUAAAUGGAAAAAUACACAACUUUUGGUUGAACAAGAUUUGUUUUAGUUGGGGACAGCCCUAUAAAGGAUUCCCAUAUGGGUAUAAAUUACUGCUAAAGGACAAUAGGACACACAAGCGAGUAUAAAUUAGUUAACAGUUGAGUCAUCUACUUUAUGAAAUUACGGCCUGAUAUGCUCGCGUCGGUGAAUUCAAAGUCAAUUGCGCUGCUUUCAUGUGUCACAUUUACAGUGCAGAGGAGGCCUAUUACAGCAAUAUUUGAGCAGUAGCUUAGGCUGGCUACUCAACUACAAGACAUUUUGAGUGCACCAUACAGCAAUGCUGCAUUCAUCCGCAUUACAUGUUUUAAGUUUAAAUGUUACAACCUAGCUACGUUUUUGAUAUUUGAAGUUAUUAAAUACUUUUUGAUUAGGGUCGCAGCAUAUUAUGCACAUCUGCAAGCAUAGCAGCAAAGGCUGGACAAAUAUUAUUUAUCUCUUCUUUUGUUUUAAUAUGUUAAAAUGCUAUAUACAGCAUCCUAUGUAGAUAAGUGGACAUUAUAAAGGGCCAUAUUUUUUUCUAAUAAAACAAUGGCCAGUUUGAGUCGCAAUUGUAGGCCUAUGCACGUUUUUUUGUUAAGUUGACAGUCCCAGAAAUCGGGCACUAGAAUUACUUUAAAAAAUAUGUACACUACAGGUCAAAAGUUUUAGAACACCUACUCAUUCAAGGGUUUUUCUUGAUUUUUUACUAUUUUCUACAUUGUAGAAUAAUAGUGAAGACAUCAAAACUAUGAAAUAACACAUAUGGAAUCAUGUAGUAACCAAAAAAGUGUUAAACAAAUCAAAAUAUAUUUUAUAUUUGAGAUUCUUCAAAUAGCCACCCUUUACCUUGAUGACAGCUUUGCACACUCUUGUCAUUCUCUCAACCAGGUUCACCUGGAAUGCUUUUCCAACAGUCUUGAAGGAGUUCCCACAUAUGCUGAGCACUUGUUGGCUGCUUUUACUUCACUCUGCGGUCCGACUCAUCCCAAACCAUCUCAAUUUGGUUGAGGUCAGGGGAUUGUGGAGGCCAGGUCAUCUGAUGGAGCACUCCAUCACUCUCCUUCUUGGUAAAAUAGUCCUUAAACAGCCUGGAGGUGUGUUGGGUCAUUGUCCUGUUGAAAAACAAAUGAUAGUCCCACUAAGCCCAAACCAGAUAGGAUGGCGUAUCGCUGCAGAAUGCUGUGGUAGCCAUGCUGGUUAAGUGUGCCUUGAAUUCUAAAUAAAUCACAGACAGUGUCACCAGCAAAGCAACCCCACACCAUAACACCUCCUCCUCCAUGCUUUACGGUGGGAAAUACACAUGCGGAGAUAAUCCGUUCACCCACACCGCGUCUCACAAAGACACUGCGGUUGGAACCAAAAAUCUCCAAUGUGGAUUCCAGACCAAAGGACACAUUUCCACCAGUCUAAUGUCCAUUGCUCGUGUUUCUUGGCCCAAGCAAGUCUCUUCUUCUUAUUGGUGUCCUUUAGUAGUGGUUUCUUUGCAGCAAUUCGACCAUGAAGACCUGAUUCACACAGUUUCCUCUGAACAGUUGAUGUUGAGAUGUGUCUGUUACUUGAACUCUGUGAAGCAUUUAUUUGGGCUACAAUUUCUGAGGCUGGUAACUCUAAUGAACCUAUCCUCUGCAGCAGAGGUAACUCUGGGUCUUCCAUUCAUGUGGCGGUCCUCAUGAGAGCCAGUUUCAUCAUAGCGCUUGAUGUUUUCGCCUAACAGAUAUGGGAGUUUAUCAAUGUUUGAUUUGUUUUCAAAUUCUUUAUGAGUCUGUGUGAUCUGUGGGAAAUAUGUGUCUCUAGUGUGGUCAUACAUUUGUCAGGAGGUUAGGAAGUGUAGCUCAGUUUCCACCUUUUGUGGGCAGUGGGCACAUAGCCUGUCAUCUCUCGAGAGCCAGGUCUGCCAAUGGCGGCCUCUCUCAGUAGCAAGGCUAUGCUCACUGAGUCUGUACAUAGUCAAGGAUUUUAUUAAUUUAGGGUCAGUCACAGUGGUCAGGUAUUCUGCCACUGUGUACUCUCGGUUUAGUGCCAGAGAGCAUUCCAAUGUGCUCUGUUUUUCCAGUGUGUCAAAUAGUUAUCAUUUUGCUUUCUCAUAAUGUGGUUGGGUCUAAAUGUGUUUCUGUCCUGUGGUUCUGGCUGGCUGGGUAGACUCUUCUCUAGGCUCAUCUCUCUGCAGGUGAGGGCUUUGUGGUGGAAUGUGUGGGCAUCACUUCCUUUUAGGUGGUUGUAGAAUUUAACAGCUCUUUUCUGGAUUUUGAUAACUAGCGGGUAUAGUCCUAAUUCUGCUCUGCGUGCAUUGUUUUGGGUUUUGCGUUGUACACAAAGUAUAUUUUUGAAGAAUUCUGCAUGCAGAGUCUCAAUUGGGUGUUUGUCCCAUUUUGUGUCCCACUUUCUCUCUCUCUCUCUCUCUCUGGCUGUGUGUAUCUCUUGUUAUGUUAUUAAGAUGACAAGAAAUAGUAGGAUAAGCCAUCGGCAGCACUGAUAAUCCUCCUGUUGUGCAGGCCACCUGCCAGCUACUCCGAUGCUCAAAUUGAUUGAGUAAUUCUGUCAUAUGAAUGGACCUGUGUUGCUAGUAGACGCGUUAUGAUCAAAUCAGCUACUCUUUCAUCCACAAAGUCUUUAGAAGGAGUGAGGAGGCAGACCAAUAUUUGUUAUGAAGACAAUUUGUGCCAGUGUGUAGAUGUCGUGUGUUGAUGCAAAUGAGACACCUCAAGGCCCCACCACGUGUAGUCUCCCGAGUGGCGCAAUGGUCUAAGGCACUGCAUCACAGUGCUAGCUGUGCCACUAGAGAUCCUGGUUUGAAUCCAGGCUCUGUCAUAGCCGGCCGUGACUGGGAGACCCUUGGGGCGGCGCACAAUUGGCCCAGCGUCGUCCAGGGUAGGGGAGGGAAUGGCUGGCAGGGAUGUAGCUCAGUUGGUAGAGCAUGGCGUUUGCCGUGGGUUCGUUUCCCAUGGGGGGGCAGUAUGAAGAAUAAUGUAUGCGCUCACUAACUGUAAGUCGCUCUGGAUAAGAGCGUCUGCUAAAUGACUAAAAUGUAAAAAUGUGCAGCAGGAAUCUCAUUAUUAUUAUGAUUUUUCAUGUAAUUAAUAAAUGAACCUCCCACCACAUUAAUUCAAGAAUGCUGUCAGCCUCUAAUGAAAUUGGGCUUAUUUUGUGGAUGACGAAACAAAUAUAGGCCUAGACGUUUUAAUUAUUUGAUUAUUUAUCAAUAGUAUUUAGCCAAACCGUUACCAUACAAUUGUCCUUGUACAGUAUAAUAGUCUACAUUCCUUGUUGACCUUCCGUUUGAACAUUAUGUUAAUUUCACCACAAGUUACACAAAGAAACAUGCGUCAUUGGCAUCAUUGAUGUCGUAUUUUGAUAAAAACAGGACAUUUCUUUAUCAAAUGCUACUUUGAGAGCAUGACUCAUCAUGAUUAGGCUUAUUUCACAAAUGAAGUGUACUUCAUCAAGCCUGUCCUAUGGCACACUUCUCUUGCCAGUUCACAAACUUGACAUUUGUGCUGUGAUGAUGGGAUAUUUGAAGGUGUCCGUCACUCCAAGGGGGCCUCUGUGUGUGCGUUCCAUGCCUGUUAAAUUGAUGAAACCCAGUGGUGCGCAACACGCUCGUGUUUCAGCAAGCAGGUGGCAGCGGUACUCUGUCCAGCAAGCCUUUGUCCAGCCGUACCUACUGUAAUGUCAACCCAGGUCACCUGUCCGUCUGCUGGCUGUUGCGUUGACAUCUGCUUGUGACCCCCUCGGUCAAAUUACCCACAGGGCACAGACGUCAGUUCAACAUCUAGUUUUGAUUUACAUUUGGUUGAGUUGUCAACUAACGUGAAUUCAACAUGAAAUGAAGAAAAAAAAUCACCAUGUCAUUGGAUUUAGGUUAAAAGUUGGGUGAAGAAAACACUAAAUGUUGAUUAAUUUUACGUUGAUUAAUUUGUGCAAAUACAAUUAGUUUUCCACAUUGAUUCAACGUCAUCACAUAGAUUUUUUGGGGUAGAAAUGACAUGGAAACAAUGUUGAUUCAACCAGUUUUUGCUCAGUGGGUAAAACAUUGCCUUGUUAAUUAUUAACAUCAGCAAAAUUGGGCAUCAAAAUUCUGUUGUUUGCUGGGCUAUUGACCUUCCACUGUGUUGAACCAACUCAUUUAAUUUUUAUAUUUUGGGGAUCAUUUGUGAGAAGGAGGCAGUGAGACUUUAAAGAAAGUAUCACUGCCUCCUCACAAAUGAUCCAAAAAAUAUAAAAAUUAAAUAAAGUUGGUUCAACACAGUGGCGGGUCAUUUUGACCCUAGGACAACGGGAGAGUUAAAAAAAAAUCCCUUGUCCUUGGCGAUAACAAGCAUACCCAUAACAUGAUGCAGCCACCACCAUGCUUGAAAAUAUAAAGAGUGGUACUCAGUGAUUGUUGGAUUUGUCCCAAACAUAACGCUUUGUAUUCAGGACAUAAAGUUCAUUUCUUUGCCACGUUUUGCAGUUUGACUUUAGUGCUUUAUUGCAAACAGGAUGCAUGUUUUGGAAUAUUUUUUAUUCUGUCCAGGCAUCCUUCUUUUCACUCUGUCAUUGAGGUUAGUAUUGUGGAGUAACAACAAUGUUGUUGAUCCAUCCUCAGUUUUCUCCUAUCACAGACAUUAAACUCUGUAACUGUUUUAAAGUCACCAUUGGCCUCAUGGUGAAAUCCGACAACUUAGUUAGGAAGGACGCCUGUAUCUUUGUUGUGACUGGGUGUAUUGAUACACCAUCUAAAGUGUAAUGAAUAACUUCACCAUGCUCAAAGGGAUAUUCAAUGUCUGCUUUUUUUAUUUUCUUACCCAUCUACCAAUAGGUGCACUUCUUUGGAAAGCAUUGGAAAACCUGCCUGAUCUUUGUGGCUGAAUCUGGAUUUGAAAUUCACUGCUCGACUCAGGGGCCUUACAGAUAAUUGUAUGUUUUUUUUAUUUAUUUCACCUUUAUUUAACCAGGUAAGCCAGUUGAGAACAAGUUCUCAUUUACAACUGCGACCUGGCCAAGAUAAAGCAAAGCAGAGCGAUAAAAACAACAACAACACAGAGUUACACAUGGAAUAAACAAAACAUACAGUCAAUAACACAAUAGAAAAUCUAUAUACAGUGUGUGCAAAUGUAGUAAGUUAUGGAGGUAAGGCAAUAAAUAGGCCAUAGUGCAAAAUAAUUACUAUUUAGUAUUAACACUGGAGUGAUAGAUGUGCAGAAGAUGAUGUGCAAAUAGAGGUACUGGGGUGCAAAUGAGCAAAAUAAAUAACCAUGUAAAUAACAAUAUGGGGAUGAGGUAGUUGGGUGGGCUAAUUACAGAUGGGCUGUGUACAGGUGCAGUGAUCGGUAAGCUGCUCUGACAACUGAUGCUUAAUGUUAGUGAGGGAGGUAAGUGUCUCCAGCAUUAGAUAUUUUUGCAGUUCGUUCCAGUCAUUUGCAGCAGAGAACUGGAAGGAAUGGCGGCCAAAGGAGGUGUUGGCUUUGGGGAUGACCAGUGAGAUAUACAGUUGAAGUCAGAAGUUUACAUACACCUUAGCCAAAUAAAUUAAACUCAGUUUUGUCACAAUUCCUGACAUGUAAUCCUAGUAAAACAUUCCCUGUCUUAGGUCAGUUAGGAUCACCACUUUAUUUUAAGAAUGUGAAAUGUCAGAAUAAUAGUAGAGAGAAUGAUUUAUUUCAGCUUUUAUUUCUUUCAUCACAUUCCCAGUGGGUCAGAAGUUUACAUACACUCAAUUAGUAUUUGGUAGCGUUCCCUUUAAAUUAUUUAACGUGGGUCAAACGUUUCGGGUAGCCUUCCACAAGCUUCCCACAAUAAGUUGGGUGAAUUUUGGCCCAUUCCUCCUGACAGAGCUGGUGUAACUGAGUCAGGUUUGUAGGACUCCUUGCUCGCACACGCUUUUUAGGUUCUGCCCACAAAUGUUCUAUAGGAAUGAGGUCAGGGCUUUGUGAUGGCCACUCCAAUACCUUGACUUUGUUGUCCUUAAGCCAUUUUGCCACAACUUUGGAAGUAUGCGUGGGGUCAUUGUCCAUUUGGAAGACCCAUUUGCGACCAAGCUUUAACUUCCUGACUGAUGUCUUGACAUGUUGCUUCCAUAUAUCCACAUAAUUUUCCUUCAUCAUGAUGCCAUCUAUUUUGUGAAGUGCACCAGUCCCUCCUGCAGCAAAGCACCCCCACAGCAUGAUGUUGCCACCCCCGUGCUUCACGGUUGGGAUGGUGUUCUUCGGCUUGCAAGCUACCCCCUUUUUCCUCCAAACAUAACGAUGGUCAUUAUGGCCAAACAGUUCUAUUUUUGUUUCAUCAGACCAGAGGACAUUUCUCCAAAAAGUAUGAUCUUUGUCCCCAUGUGCAGUACCUGUUUCCUCCAGCAUCCUCACAAGGUCCUUUGCUGUUGUUCUGGGAUUGAUUUGCACUUUUCGCACCAAAGUACGUUCAUCUCUAGGAGACAGAACGCGUCUCCUUCCUGAGCAGUAUGACGGCUACGUGGUCCCAUGGUGUUUAUACUUGCGUACUAUUGUUUGUACAGAUGAACGUGGUACCUUCAGGCAUUUGGAAAUUGCUCCCAAGGAUGAACCAGACUUGUGGAGGUCUACACAUUUUCCCUGAGGUCUUGGCUGAUUUCUUUUGAUUUUCCCAUGAUGUCAAGCAAAGAGGCACUGAGUUUGAAGGUAGGCCUUGAAAUAAAAAAUGUUUUGUGCCAUUCUAAGUAAACAAUUAUUCCACCCAUAGGCUAUAUGUAAAGACCAGAUUAAAUUAAGAAUAGUCUGAUGGGUGAGAAUAUUAUCAAGUGCUUGUCAAAUUAUGAAUGAGAGACUGAUGAAGUGUCUGCAGCCUGCGCAAGAAACAGAGCAGAACUCAUGCCUUUCAUGUUACAUUUUUCAAAUCAUAAUUAGAGUCGCAUCAUGCAGCCUUAGAAUGUAUUAGAAAUCAAAACAUAUAGCCUAACAUUUGUAUCACAACUAAAGUUGCAUGAAUAACUCUAAAUUAAGCAUAAAGGAGGACCUGUUUCUUUGUUAACUGCUCAACACAGAAUAGCUCCACUUGGAGAAACCAUCCUUUCUAUUUUAUUCAGCUAUGUUCAAUAUUCUUCAUACUAUAAAAUAGUUCCACGGAAUUCUAAGCAAAUCUCGUCUGCUAAAUGAACUAGUGUAGCCCACAGCCAUAUGGCAUAGCCAGAUCAGGGCCUAACAUAAGGAAAACUCAGAAUAUGUUAUUGUAAGGGAUGGUGUGAGGUAUGUCCCAGGUGCGGUGCAGGAUAGACAGUAGGCAGUAGGCAAGGAUGGUGAAACAAGGAUCUUUCCUGGUGGUCCAAAAGCCAGGAUACAAAACAACGGACUAUACACGAAACAAAUGAGGAGCACAUAGGUCUCCAAAAAACAGGCUGACAGCAAACAAUACGAAACACUAACUCUGACUGGAAAAACACAAUGACACAGGGAGAACACUUCUCGAGUACCUGUAACUCCGUCACGUGAUCAGACACUGAUACGUACUGCUUGACAUCAAGGAACUAGCAGAGAAAACUGAGCAAGGGAACACAGGGAAGUGAGGGCAUAAAUACACAAGUGAAUCAGAUAGCCACAGGUGACACCAAUAGGCAUAUAAUUAGUCCCGACUGUGAGUGAGGAGGUGGCUAUGGUUGUCGGAGGAUGACACCUAGUGGGUCGCUCCGGAACUGCGACCCACUCCAGUAACAGUGCCCCCCCGACGAACAUCCCCAGCUGUUCACCUCGGCGCCUCUGGGUGGAGGCGACGGAAUGCUGUAUCAACCCUGGGUCCAGAAUGUCCCUCCUGGGCACCACGGACCGCUCCCCCAGCCCAUAACCCUCCCAGUCCAACAGAAAUAGGAGACCCCUCCCCACCCGCCGGCAGUCCAGGAUCCGGUCCACCGUAAAAGCUGGCUGUCCUUUGACAAGGCGCUGCGGGGGAACAGGACGAGGAGGGGGAGCCAGGGGACAGGUGGCGACAGGCUUGAGGAGGGACACAUGGAAUGUGGGAUGCACCCGCAUGGUGGGGGGAAGUUGCAGGCGGUAGGUCACUGGGUUGACUUGCCGGACCACUCUGAAUGGCCCGACGGGACGGCCGCCUCCUUCUUUUCUCGGGGAAUAGGGGCGCUUGGGGAUAGGCAGGGGUCGGAGCGGUUUGUAGGCUAUGUGUUGAAGCCCGGAGAUGCUCAACAUGUUUAUGUUAAUUAACAGUCAAUUACCGUGAGACCGGCAGUUAUUUGCAUGACAAUCACUGGCUGACAAAAGUUAAUGACCGCCACAGCCCUAUGCCCUAGGAUAGCAUUUAGCAUGUUUUCCUCUUAGGUGAGCCAGCCACUGUCUAGAUCUAACAUAUUGACUGAAUGUGAGCAAUGAAGGAAAACAGAGAUGAGUUCCAAAAGAGCACCUUGAUUGAGUUCAAGUUCAUCUCCACAAACAAAGUUCAGAUGCAUCUUAGUCCCGUGUAGCUCAGUUGGUAGAGCAUGGCGUUUGCAACACCAGGGUUGUGGGUUCGUUUCCCACGGGGGACCAGUAUGAAAAAAAAUGUAUGCACUCACUAACUGUAAGUCGUUCUGGAUAAGAGCGUCUGCUAAAUGACUAAAAUGUACAAAUGUAGAUGUCUAAGCAGCUGUGGUUAUUUGGCUGGAUCUCUCAGUGGUCGUUGCUAGUUUGGGCUGUAUGUGUUUAAGAGUUUUCCUCUGUCUUUCUUUUGUAUAAAUAGAUGUCAGCUGGUACUGUGGUUGUUUUGAUGUGUAGAGACCUCGUACAGAGAGCAGAGACAUGGCAGGCGGUUGCUGAGUCACUCCAUAUGAUGAGUCUGGUUGUGUGCUGCUAGCGAUGCUUAGUCAGGGUCUGAACUGUGAAGUCCCUCUAAUGGACGCUCAAGCAUGAGUCACACAGACAGUAUAAAACAUUUACAGUAGAACAGCAUACUGAAGCCCAUAGCCCAAUCAAGCUCACUUCACUACUUUAACACCCAACAGAAUAGAUGAAGAUUCCUGUUAAGUUUACAUUAGAUAGGCCUACAUUACAGAAGUAUUACAGAAAGUCAGACCUUUUUUCGAACAUACUUUGCUUUCUUUAUUGUGUCCUCUACCUAGUCAUCUCAAAUGAAACUGUGGACAACUCAACGUUUCUCCAUCUCUCCCAUAAAAUCAAUAAGAUCUCUAGGCUACACUUUCUGAAAGGGGAUAUUUGGAGAGGAUGGAUGCCUACUAGAAGUCAGCUGGGUCUACCACAGACAGCUACAGAAUUGUGCUCCCUACCAUCCAUUGCCAAAUUUCACUCUGUUGAAUAUCUACCAUCUCACUUGUCAUUCUUCACAGAGCCAGAUAGUCACCAUGCUGCUCGAAGGGCACGUUACCUGCACAGGAGGUUGGUGGCACCUUAACUGUGGAGAACAGGCUCGUGGUAAUGGCUAGAGCGGUUGAGUUGAAUGGUAUCAAAUUCAUCAAACACAUGGUUUCCAGGUGUUUGAUGCUGUUCCAUUCCGCUCCGUUCCGGACAUUAUUAUGAGCCAUUCCCUCAGCAGCCUCCUGUGGUUACCUGCCAUGAGUUCACCUCUGUGUAAAUAAAACCUGAUACUCACACACUCACAGUAUUCCUCCAGAAGGCUCAUGUUGACAAUCUACUUUCUUCAACAUACCAUCUCAGUUACCAUUAGGAGACCACCUCAACUCAGCUGUCUGAUCUGCCUAGUAGUCUAACUCUGAUUACAUAAAGUACAUCUCUUGUCUGACUGCAGGGAAAUACAGCUUUCUGGUUCUCAAAGAUCCCUGAUGCAACAUCACAAGCCUCUGUUUGGACUUUAUGCGCGAUGCUAAUGGAAAAUGUAUAGAACACGUUUUAGAAUAUAAACUAGGCAAACUGAUACAGCUCUUUGGAAAGCCUACUACUAUGAAUUAUUCAAAGUGUUGUAGCGUUGCACCCGUGGCUUCCUGGCAGCACACACACAGAUUCUGCCCCGGAAACACACGCACACACAUACACAACACAUAAUACACGUCACACACGUGUAUUAGACUGUGACUUGUGUAAUCACGGCAGUUCCCAAUUAAAUCAUGCAUGAUGCUUAAGUUAUGCAUGAAGCAAAUUACUGAAUGAAGGCCAUUGGCACUCUCUAGUCUGGCAAAUUCGUCAGAAACGUACUCAGUGCAUCAGCAAAGACAUAUUGUCCGUUACAGCACUGCAGUGCCCAACAAAACCCCACUCUACAAAAUCACUAGACUUUGUCCUUGUAGGUUUGUGAUGGCUUUUAAAUAAAAUAUACACUUGCUUGUGAUGAAGGAGAACAGGGACAUUCGAAGGUCAAGCACCAGCAAAUGUUAUGGUAACUAGCUACUAGUGUGCUUCAGUAAGUAGCUCACUUUGAACCCUUAAGCUAGAAUGACCUGAGGUUUUUACUAUGGAACAUAUGGUCCCCAUACAUCAUCAAAUCAAAUCAAAUCAAAUUUUAUUGGUCACAUGCGCCGAAUACAACAGGUGCAGACAUUACAGUGAAAUGCUUACUUACAGCCCUUAACCAACAGUGCAUUUAUUUUAAACAAAAAAGUAAGAAUAAAACAACAACAAAAAAGUGUUGAGAAAAAAAGAGCAGAAGUAAAAAUAUAGUGACAGUAGGGAAGCUAUAUAUACAAUAGAAUAAAGUGACAGUAGGGAGGCUAUAUAUACAGGGGGGUACCGUUGCAUAGUCAAUGUGCGGGGGCACCGGCUAGUUGAGGUAGUUGAGGUAAUAUGUACAUGUGGGUAGAGUUAAAGUGACUAUGCAUAAAUACUUAACAGAGUAGCAGCAGCGUAAAAAGGAUGGGGUGGGGGGGCAGUGCAAAUAGUCCGGGUAGCCAUGAUUAGCUGUUCAGGAGUCUUAUGGCUUGGGGGUAGAAGCUGUUGAGAAGUCUUUUGGACCUAGACUUGGCACUCCGGUACCGCUUGCCGUGCGGUAGCAGAGAGAACAGUCUAUGACUAGGGUGACUGGAGUCUUUGACAAUUUUGAGGGCCUUCCUCUGACACCGCCUGGUAUAGAGGUCCUGGAUGGCAGGGAGCUUUGCCCCUGUGAUGUACUGGGCCGUACGCACUACCCUCUGUAGUGCCUUGCGGUCAGAGGCCAAGCAGUUGCCAUACCAGGCGGUGAUGCAACCAGUCAGGAUGCUCUCGAUGGUGCAGCUGUAGAAUUUUUUGAGGAUCUGAGGACCCAUGCCAAAUCUUUUUAGUCUCCUGAGGGGGAAUAGGCUUUGUCGUGCCCUCUUCACGACUGUCUUGGUGUGUUUGGACCAUGAUAGUUCGUUGGUGAUGUGGACACCAAGGAACUUGAAGCUCUCAACCUGUUCCACUACAGCCCCGUCGAUGAGAAUGGGGGCGUGCUCAGUCCUCUUUUUUUUCCUGUAGUCCACAAUCAUCUCCUUUGUCUUGGUCACGUUGAGGGAGAGGUUGUUGUCCUGGCACCACACGGCCAGAUCUCUGACCUCCUCCCUAUAGGCUGUCUCAUCGUUGUCGGUGAUCAGGCCUACCACUGUUGUGUCGUCGGCAAACUUAAUGAUGGUGUUGGAGUCGUGCCUGGCCAUGCAGUCAUGGGUGAACAGAGAGUACAGGAGGGGACUGAGCACGCACCCCUGAGGGGCCCCCGUGUUGAGGAUCAGUGUGGCAGAUGUGUUGUUACCUACCCUUACCACCUGGGGGCGGCCCGUCAGGAAGUCCAGGAUCCAGUUGCAGAGGGAGGUGUUUAGUCCCAGGAUCCUUAGCUUAGUGAUGAGCUUUGAGGGCACUAUGGUGUUGAAUGCUGAGCUGUAGUCAAUGAAUAGCAUUCUCACGUAGGUGUUCCUCUUGUCCAGGUGGGAAAGGGCAGUGUGGAGUGCGAUAGAGAUUGCAUCAUCUGUGGAUCUGUUGGGGCGGUAUGCAAAUUGGAGUGGGUCUAGGGUUUCUGGGAUUAUGCUGUUGAUGUGAGCCAUGACCAGUCUUUUUCAUCAUCCACACACAACAUUAAUUAGGCUAUACAAGCAAAUUGUAUGAUCAUACACACAAAUGGCAUUAUAGUACACCGUCACAAAAUGUGCACUGAGAGAUAACCUAACCCAUUGUUCACUGCUGUGGAUUACACUAAAGCUGUUCCAUGAGGGUUCUGGGGAUAACUUUUUUGUCAUUGUUGUGUGCAUCCAUCCACACUGACUGUAUCAAUGGUUUGUUGAUCUGAAUUGAUUUUUCCAUUUUAUAGCCACUUUGGCAAAUGGUACUGCGUUAGUUAGACUAGUGAUUAGCCUGACACCUAAGGCACUGUAGUGAUUUUGUAGAAGUGCACACAAUGUCGCAGCCUGUAAUUGGUAUUGUACAUUUUAUGUAACGUUGUUGGUUGGAGUCUUUUUGCACAUAGCCUACUUUGAGUAGGCCGGUCUAUCAGGCUUACAGUAAGUUGACAUUUCAUUAUUUUCUAAAUGCAAUCCGUUACAGUUACUAGGUGCCUGUCCAGAAUUGUAGCAUAAGCCUAAUCAGCAGUGUAACGUUUGGAUUACCCAAAAUCAGUAAUGUAAUUUGAUUACUUUCAGUUACUUUUGGAUUACUUCCCCCUUAAGAGGCAUUAGAAGAAGACCAAAAGAAUCCAUCAAACACAUUUGGUGUGUCAUCAUAGUGGUCUCUGAUUGGUGGUCAUCAUAGUGGUCUCUGACUUGUGGUCAGACUCGCUCAGGUGGAACAAACUUAAACUUGCGCCUUUUUUCCGAUGCUAAAUUGAAUGUCAUUGAGAAAACAGAAAGGUGUCGUAAUGUAUUUUUAUUUCAGCACACAUCCUUUCUGAAUGUAAUAGUAAUCCAAGAAGUAAUCAUCUAGUUUUUCCAAAAGUAUCUGUAAUCUGAUUACCAUAUCUUUGCUGUUAACGUAACUGAUUACACUCAAAGUUUUUUGUAAUCUGAUUACAUGUAACUGAUUAGGCCUACUCCCCAACCCUGACCACAACAGAUGAAGAAUAGAUGUUGUGCCUUUAGUGUCCAUUAAUCAUCCCAUAACCUUUGCUCUAGAGGUGAGGAUCAGGUUAGGCCCAUAUGGAGCCCUCCGAUGAAAAAUGGUAAUCCUAUAUUAUGUCCUUGGGACCAUUCAUGAUUCGUCUCAUUAAUUUGUAUGUUAAUUAUUGUCAGUCACAGAUCAAUGUUUAUUCUAGGGAGAAAAGUAGCCUACUAAUUAAGGCUAAAGAGCGUGACAGAACAUAUUUGAGACCAUAGCUGUCCUAUUGAUGUGAUGUAGGAAAUGUCUAUAAUUAUAUGCCUGUGUGGAAAUACCACCGUCGUUUUUCAUCUUUGAGUCACUAGGCUAAAUCUGUUGACUUUAUCCAGUGUUGUUUGAUUUGAUCCUGCAAUUUUGUUCAACAUUUAUAGCGUACUUUGUUCUCUGAAGAGUGAUGGAUGGCUUCCUUCCUGGUCAUUUCCAAAGGUUGUUGUUGCCAAAACUCACUGGGCAAGAAAAUGAAAUGAAAAAGGUUCACUGUGUAUCAACAACAAGUCUUCAAUGAGAAUGAGAUCAUAUCGCUCUCUUAGUCAAUUUGAAGAGCAUGCUAUUUUCCACAGUACUUUAUGUGUCUCAAUGAUCAUCAAAUAUUUCAGUGCAGUCUUAGUUAGGCUACUCAGUUUCUACAGAUAACUUAUCUGAUCUAUAAUUUGCCAUUAUCAAUGUUCAUGUUUGAUGUUGUUGUUUAUUUUUCAGUAAACUGGUCUUCAUUGGAUCCCACCAUGUUGGAAGAGUUUCAGGAAAAAGCAUCAAGCUGGACUGAAUCACCCUCAGCCUUAUUAGUUUCACACACUGAGGCCUCUGAGCACCCAGACGAGACUACAACUACAGCGCUGCCUUCACCUGGUCACCUACCACCUGAAUCUACACUAACACUUACUCAAUGGGGUCUUUCAGCUUUUCAGAACUCCAAAUCAUUGACUUCUAGAGAUCCCCUGCCCAUUGGUCCAGACCCUCUCUCCACUCCCCCUUUAAGCUCCUCAGAGCAUGUGAUUGGCCUUCAGCAACAACCUAAAGGCCCUACCAGACUCUCAAGGGAGCUGAAGCUCUCUGGUCCUAACUCAACCAUGGCAGUUGUCUCUCCAACCCUUGUUAAAGUACCACACCAGAAGCCUCUCGGACCACAGUCCAAUACAUCCACAACACCCUUGUAUUUCUCUACAGCCACCAGUUGGACUACAUCGGUACAGUUAAUUGUCCCAAACUCUAAUGAGAGAGCUCCAGAUGAACCUCCAUUAUUAUCCCCCAGCAACCAGCAAGACCCAUCAAAACAGACAACUCCUGCAUUUAUGACUUCACUUCCUGUUGGACCCCUCGACCAGCCUAGACUGCCUGUUGACGAUCUGGUAGAUGUAGAAGCCCAGUCAGACCAAGCCAGGCCAGAGUCUAAACCUAAUCCAGACGUGUCCCAGAGAUUAGGAGAUCUCUUGCUGGAUUCCAAACUGCCCCUAGAUCCCUCAAGUAGAUUAAUCUAUCUGGAUCACCUUCGCCCCAGCAGUGAGCUCAUGCAGAAGGACAAUGCUGUUCAAGAUAUCCACAUGCUCCCGAAACCAUCGCCUGAGAUGCAGCUGGCUCCCAGUUACGUGCCUUUUCUGAGCCCUCACACCACGUCCUCCUCGGCCGAGCCCACCAUGGUCCCUCCUGAGGACAUCUUUCCCACCAACACCAUGGAGGUGGACUGGGGCUCCGGAGACUUCAUGGAGACCAUGUCCUUCAUGGGCUCGGAAGGGGAUGACUUCUUCUUGGUCACCAACCUGCCCACGGACAUGUACGACCUGGAGGACUCCAACGUGGAAAGCUACGACACCUCCUUCCCCUCCAGGGUCGGCGUGUCCUUCUCCUCGAUGCGUCACAUGACGUCUUCACCUAGUCUCACAACAACAGUUUACAGCUCUAGUGUUAGAAGUGUGGCACCCACGUCCGUUCCUCUCUCCAUCCAUCCCUCUCCCAGUCACCCCACGCUCGCCUCAAGACAAACACCAACACCUCAAGGUGGUUUACCAGAAGGUUCUGACGUUGACUGGACAGAUAACUUCACAGUUGAACCAACAGACCUUCUCUUACCGGACAUGAACAGCCUGGAGUACUACACCAUCCAGCUGACCAAGGAUGACUCAGAAGAACACAGAGGCACUAACGUGACCACCACCUCCAGGCAUUUCUCCCUGAUGUCCAUCAGCACCACACACAUCAUGGCCACCAGCACCUUCACUGUGGACCUCAGCCACAUGCUCACAGCCUUCUAUGGAGUGGAUGGAGUGGAGGUCCAGCCUUCUGACAACACUACCUGGAUCGAAGAGUCCUCCACUGAUAUCUCCAGCUCAGAGCCACUCAAUACGACCACAGCAGACCCCACAGAGAUGACUCCUCUGAAUGUCUCAGUGCCAUUCCUGGAGCCUUCAGUAGCGCCAACCCCCUCCAUGGACCUCUCGUCCUCUCUGUGGGGUGUCACUGGUCAGGUGUCCUCCGGUGAAUGGACAAGCCCCGUGACCACCUCCAGUGUCGGACUGGACAGCAGCUCUGUCUUAGUGUCUGUGCAGCCUAGUGUUACGGCCUCUGAGACAGACAUCCAGUGGUACGUCUCUCCCACCACCACAGAGACGGCCCUCCUCAGCACCUCUCUCGUAACUCCUGUGAUGACCACCUCUAUCGCCUUCUCCCCAGUUCCCGGCCAGACAGAAUUACCACCCAAUAUCACUUCAGGCCCCACAGAACCAGCCACCAACGCCACCACCAUCCCCCCGGUGUCAGUCAUGGCUGACCAAGCCGUUGAUACUGAUAGUCCUGUCACAGCAGUGACCAACGACAGCCAGACUACAGUUAGCAGUGUAGACAUCUCCACAACUGAUCCUGCCACCACCACCACCACUACUACUACAACCAUCACCACUGAGGCCUCUACAACCACCUCUCUGGCCACUACCACCACCACCACCCCCUCUUAAACAGAACUACUACUAAGAGCCCUCCUACAACCAUAGGUCGCCAGUACCUCUGUAACGUCACCAAGCCUGUGUACUUUGUUAAAGUCGGUAAGUUGUAUUACCUCUUUGUCGUAUUAAUAUACUUUUUUAAUGCAGAAACAUUAUGUGGAAUGUCAACUUUAUCAAUGUUACUAAGAUAUAAUUAACAACUCUGAAGUGUUAUUCUUUCCCUUUUAGUAUGAAAGUCAUGGUUUGUGAUGUAAUGUUUUGACAAUAUUGUACACUAAAUUAAUCUAAAACAGCAUUUAUCAAUGAGAUGUACUACCUAUGUGUGGUUCCACCCUCCUCUGCAGGUUUUCCGGCUGGGGCCACUGUUGGAUAUGCCAAAUCCCAAAUCCGAGAUGUCCUGAAGACUGAAUUCAAUAAGUCAAUUGAACUGCAGGUAGAUUAUCAUGAAGGCAGCAUGGGGCAUUUUUUACAUUUUAGUCAUUUAGCAGAUGCUCUUAUCCAGAGCUACUUACAGUUAGUGAGUGCAUACAUUUUUUAUACUGGCCCCCCGUGGGAAACGAACCCACAACCCUGGCGUUGCAAACGCCAUGCUCUACCAACUGAGCUACACGGGACUAUACAUUUUUUUUCUGUUUGGUUUUACUGCAGUAUUUUCUGGAUCAUUGGUAAAUACAUGUCCAAAGAAUAUCUCUCAGAUAUAGGACAGAUAAAUACAUGUCUAAAAAAUAUCUCUCCGAUAUAGUACAGAUAAAUACAUGUCCUAAAAAUAUCUCUCAGAUAUAGGACAAACACUUAGAACAAACUUCCUUUGGAUUUGUUUUGGGGACUAUCUGUUGUUCCAUGUAGUGAAUCUGUUAUUCAAUGCGUUUGUAUUGGCUAAUAGCAGUAAGGCCAAAUGCAAUGCUUAAUCAAUAUAUAUAUAUAAAUGUAAAAAAUAUAUAUAUUUCAAGGGGUUUUAAAAUUAAAAAUCAAAUAGCUAAAUGUUCUUUGGUAUGACCUUCUUAAAACAAUUCCAUAUGUUAGCUUAGUAGACCUCCCCCCCCUUAGACAGGGCUUAGACUGUAGAGGGUUAAUACAGUACUGCUGUAUUUUUAUUGGGGUUUAUUCUUCACUUCAAUACCUCAAAUAAGAGUGAACUGAAAAAGCAGCCAUUUUCUUCAGUCUUUACAGAGGUAAAGUUAUGUUAGGCUAUACAGUGCCUUCGGAAAGUAUUCAGACCCCUUGACUUUUUUCCACAUUUUGUUACGUUAUAGCCUUAUUCUUAUUAAUUUUUUUAUAACCCAUAAUGACAAAGCGAAAACAGUUUUUUAGAAAUUUUGGCAAAUGUAUUAAAUAUUAAAAACAGAAAUACCUUAUUUACAUAAGUAUUCAGACCCUUUGCUAUGAGCUCAGGUGCAUCCUGUUUCCAUUGAUAAUCCUUGAGAUGUUUCUACAACUUGAUUGGAGUCCACCUGUGGUAAAUUCAAUUGAUUGGACAUGAUCUGGAAAGGCACAGACCUGUCUAUCUAAGGUCCCACAGUUAACAGUGCAUGUCAGAGCAAAAACCAAGCCAUGAGGUCGAAGGAAUUGUCUGUAGAGCUCUGGGACAGGAUUGUGUCGAGGCACAGAUCUGGGGAAGGGUACCAAAACAUUUCUGCAGCAUUGAAGGUCCCCAAGAACACAGUGGCCUCCAUCAUUCUUAAAUGGAAGAAGUUUGGAACCACCAGUUUGGCUGCCCGGCCAAACUGAGCAAUCGGGGGAGAAGGGCUUUGGUCAGGGCGGUGGCCAAGAACCUGAUGGUCACUCUGACAGAGCUCUAGAGUUCCUCUGUGGAGAUGGGAGAACCUUCCAGAAGGACAACCAUCUCUGCAGCACUCCACCAAUCAGGCCUUUAUGGUAGAGUGGCCAGACGGAAGCCACUCCUCAGUGAAAGGCACAUUACAGCCCGCUUGGAGUUUGGCAAAAGGCACCUAAAGACUCUCAGACCAUGAGAAACAAGAUUCUCUGGUCUGAUGAAACCAAGAUUGAACUCUUUGGCCUGAAUGCCAAACGUCACCUCUGGAGUAAACCUGGCACCAUCCCUACGGUGAAGCAUGGUGAUGGCAGCAUCAUGCUGUUGGGAUGUUUUUCAGCGGCAGGGACUGGGAGACUAGUCAGGAUCGAGGCAAAGAAGAAGUACAGAGAGAUCCUUGAUGAAAACCUGCUCCAGAGCGCUCCGCACCUCAGACUGGGGCGAAGGUUCACCUUCCAACAGGACAACGACCCUAAGCACACAGCCAAGACAACGCAGGAGAGCCUUCGGGACAAGUCUCUGAAUGUCCUUGAGUGGCCCAGCCAGAGCCCGGACUUGAACCUGAUCGGACAUCUCUGGAGAGACCUGAAAAUAGCUGUGCCGCAACACUCCCCAUCCAACCUGACAGAGCUUGAGAGGAUUUGCAGAGAAGAAUGGGAGAAACUCCCCAAAUAUAGGUGUGCCAAGCUUGUAGCGUCAUACCCAAUAAUACUCAAUGCUGUAAUCGCUGCCAAAGGUGCUUCAACAAAGUACUGAGUAAAGGGUCUGAAUUCUUAUGUAAAUGUAAUAUUUCCAUUUUUUUGUUGUAAUACAUUUGCAAAAAUUUAUAAAAACCGUUUUUUGCUUUGUCAUUAUGGGGUAUUGUGUGUAGAUUGGUGAGGGAAAAAAACAAUUUCAUCAAUUUUAGAAUAAGGCUGUAACGUAACAAAAUGUGGAAAAAGUCAAGGGGUCUGAAAACUUUCCUAAGGCACUGUAAAUGAGCCCAUAGACUUAGUCUGACAGAGCUAACCUCAAAGUGCUGGCACUGUUGUUAGCUUUUCAUUAGAAAGCGCAGGCUCCCUAAGAAACCGCCUAACAGCUGCAACAUGCUCUGAGUUUUAAUCAAGCGCUAGGGAACUGCAGCUGUGGGUAUGAGGCUGUUAUGUUGUGUAAUGGCACUGGUCAUGUGUGUGGGGGUAUUGGGAUGGGACACACCAGGAAGGACAGCCCACUUCCUAUGGACUCUUUAUCUCCAGGCUCUUUGAUAAACAAACAAGACUAAUGACUAACUACACACCCAACACUUCAUGGCCCAGCAGAGAGGCAGUGACCUUAAGACACUGUCUCUACCUUUAACGAUUUAAAUGUUGUACAGUGCAAAAGGAAAAAGUAGUGUGCAUACAGUACCUCGUAGUUCAACCAAGGUGCCAGAAUUGAGGAACAAACUGAAUGUAUAAGAUAUAUUCAUUUGUAGUCCUGUGUAGCUCAGUUGGUUCCCAUGGGAGACCAGUACAAAAAAAAAUGUAUAAAAAUGUAUGCACUCACUACUGUAAGUUGCUCUGGAUAAGUGUGUCUGCUCAAUGAAGUGAAAAUAAAUAAGCACUUGGAGGAUGGUAGAAAUUGACAGAAAGACUGAAUUUAAAUACAUCUAAGCUCCAUCAUUGAAAGUGAAUGAAUAACUCUAGGAGAUAAAUUAUAAUGAUGUUUUUUCUGUGUCUUGUUAAAGGUUGCUAAGAAUCCUCCAGACUUUGUGUUCCGGGCAGUGUCGGGUCCUGUGGUGUACACGGCCAUAUCAAUCAUCAACGCCCUGCGCCAGUCAAGUCGACGCUUCCUGUCCAUCUCACACUACUGGAAGGUACCAGACCACCAGUACCAGGUACACUCAGGUAAGAGCACUAUUUUGUAUCGAACUAUACAAGCUACUUUUGAAAUGGAGAUUUGAAUAGUGCAUAUCCAGUAUGUACUAUGUUGUUAGGGUGUGUCUGAAUGUAGACAUAAAUCUUCUCUUCUGUUUCCCCAUCCAGUGCUGCAGUUUGUGCCCAGGCACAUUGACGUGCGCGUCUGCAACUUCAGCGAGCGCAUUGAGAAAGGCCUGACAAUGGCGUACGCCGAAGUGCGCCGGCGCUCGCAGGAGUCCACGAACUUCACUGUGGAUGUAAGUAGAGACUGACUGAAUACAGUGUAGCACUCCAGUCAACUAGAACAGAGUUGAGCUUCCUCCUGGUCAACUAGAACAGAGUUGAGCUUCCUCCAGGCAACUAGAACAGAGUUGAGCUUCCUCCAGGCAACUAGAACAGAGUUGAGCUUCCUCCGGUCAACUAGAACAGAGUUGAGCUUCUUCUAAUGCUCUGUUUUCAUUAGCAGUCACGUACUCCUUCCUGGGUUUUCACCCCCAGUCCCAACUCCUUGGCACUGAUCGUCUGGAAUCACCUCUAAUCGCAACCCAUUUCUGUCAGGAACCCUUAGCUCACACAUUUGUUAUUACUAAAGACCACUGGCCGUGUACUUUAGCUAUGCUCUUACUGCUAGAGCUCUCUAAGAGCAGCGUCUGCUGAAAUAAAUCUGGAAGUGGAAAGGAAAAGAGAGAAAAGCUCUGGUUUUCCAAGAGAGUCAGUUGGCUGAGGCCAAGAAAUUAGAAAGAAAGUUAGAAACGAAUUGGGUUACUGUAUGCAAAUGUAGGACAUAGGCCCCUGAAACUCAACUCUGGACCCUGAAGCCAGUUCCACUGAUUGUUUUCAUUGUCCUCCUCUAAUCAGGGACUGAUUUAGACUUGGGUGCAAUUAAUUAUCAGGCAGAACAGAAAACCAGCAGGCUCCGGACCACGUAGGUAAGAGUUGAAACCCCUGGUCUAGGCUAUCUCUGCAGUCUUAAUUGGCGCUGCUUGUUUGCUGACUUCGACAAACAUAGACUGGGACUGCCUCUAACGAUCGUUGCACCAGCAGUACGCUGAUUGCAGCAGCAGUAGUGGCUUGCUUUGGAUUGGAGAGAGAGAGAGGCAGGAGCUGCUUGACUUAAAGCUUGUGAAGCGACAGGGAGUAAUGGCUGAAAUGUAUGGUUGCGUGACUGUGUGUUCUGCAGUAACACAACCUAAGUGCCAAUCUCAGUCUCCAGCACACAAGUCUUUUGAUCAGUGGUCACCCAUUCAAGACCAAAAUUACUAGCUUAGGUUUAUUGAUUCAGGUUUUUGCAGAGGUUGUCCACUAUUCAAGUAUACAGACGGUUGAGAAAGUGCUUAUUUGGCUGUUCACGUUUGCCAUUCUUGAAUGUAGCAAGCCAAAAGGUUAUGGAAAGUUUUCAGACAUAGGUUUCAUACUCAGUAAAUUAACAGAUUACACUGGAUAAUAAAUUCAUAUCUGGAGAAUGCCAUUUUAAUUAUGUCUGGUCAUUUAAUUUUCAAUUCCCUUUCUAUUUCAAUUCCGCAAAUGAAAUGAGAUCCAUCUGACCCAAGCUCUUCUGCUGUAUAUUCACACUGGUUGAAUCAAAGUUGUUUCCACGUCAUUUCACUGAAGUUACGUUAAAGGGUAACUCUCAACCCCAAUUUCAGCCUUUGCCUAACCUCUUCAAAUGUUAAAAAAAUGCAUUCAGGUGAGACGUUGUUGGUGGGGGGAAUUGCUCAUACAUAUUCAUUGUGGGGGUGGGUAAACGUAGUUCUACCUGAUCAACACUCUCACUAAAUCGUACUUACCAGAAGUCCACUGGCACGCUCUGAUAAUAAAAUGAUGUGCAUCGCGAGCAAGUACAGCUCUGGACAGUUAGCUUUCAGUUGUAAAGCACUGUGUUCUUGACAUCUAUUGACGCUUGCGGUUUAAGUUUGAAUCCCCUAUGGAGCGGCAAAAUGUUUUGGUUGUAAUGUAGACUCAGAUUUAUUGUGUUGGGAAGAAAAUUGCAAUCAUCACCUUGAAAAUGAAAAUUAGGGGCUCAAUUAAAUCCGACCCGCAUUUCAGUAUUUACGCUGUAACUAUUUUUCCAAUAGUCAAAUUAACUCACAGAUUGGUCUUGGGUACUGUAUAAAAACCUACAACUACUACCAGGGCGACCCCUCUCACAGGUAUGAUUUCACUUUUCAGAAUUAGAAGUGUGUGGGCAGGGGAUAAAUAUUGUAAAAAAAGUAAAAGACAACUGUCUCAUUUGGGAUUAGAACUCACAACCUUUGAAUUAUAAGGCAACUGUUUUAGCAGAAUGUGCCACCAAUCAGUCAGAAGUUAUGGAAAAAUACAACUAGUUGAUAUGACCACCAUUGUGAUCUAGUUCUUGUUACAAUGGAUGUAGCUACGAAUAUAAAUGUUAAUUCCCAAUGGCCUACAUGUUUUUUCCUUCGUAAAAGCACAUAGAUGUGUAUGAAACGAUAAGCUUUUUUUAUUUAUUUUGUGUAAAGUCAGUAGUCUAGUCAAAGAAGCAUCAUUAACAUUUAACAUUUAAGUCAUUUAGCAGAUGCUCUUAUCCAGAGCGAUUUACAAAUUGGUGCGUUCAACUUAGGAUAGCCAGUGGGACAACCACCCUUUUUUCCCUUCUUUUUUAAAAUUGUUAAAUGGGGAGGGGGGGGGGGGGAUUACUGUUAUACUAUUCCAGGUAUUCCUUAAAGAGGUAGGGUUUCAAGUGUCUCCGGAAGGUGGUCAGUGACUCCGCUGUCCUGGCAUCGUGGGGGAGCUUGUUCCACCAUUGGGGUGCCAGAGCAGCGAAUAGCUUUGACUGGGCUGAGCGGGAACUGUGCUUCCGUAGAGGUAGGGGGGCUAGCAGGCCAGAGGUGGAUAAACGUAGUGUCCUCGUUUGGGUGUAGGGUCUGAUCAGCUCCGUAGGCAAGCACCAUGGUUUUGUAGUAGAUGCGAGCUUCAACUGGAAGCCAGUGGAGUGUGCGGAGGAGCGGGGUGACAUGAGAGAACUUGGGAAGGUUUAACACCAGACGGGCUGCAGCGUUCUGGAUAAAUUGUAGGGGUUUAAUGGCACAGGCAGGGAGCCCAGCCAACAGCGAGUUGCAGUAAUCCAGACGGGAGAUGACAAGUGCCUGGAUUAGGACCUGUGCCGCUUUCUGUGUAAGGUAGGGUCGUACUCUGCGAAAGUUGUAGAGCAUGAACCUGCAGGAUCGGGUCGCCGCUUUGAUGUUAGUGGAGAACGACAGGGUGUUGUCCAGGGUCACGCCAAGGUUCCUUGCACUCUGGGUGGAGGACACAUUUACAUUACAUUUUAGUCAUUUAGCAGAAGCUCUUAUCCAGACAAUGGAGUUGUCAACCGUGAUGGCGAGAUCAUGGAGCGGGCAGUCCUUCCCCGGGAGGAAGAGCAGCUCCGUCUUGCCGAGGUUCAGCUUGAGGUGGUGAUCCGACAUCCACACUGAUAUGUCCGCCAGACAUGCAGAGAUGCGAUUUGCCACCUGGUUAUCAGAAGGGGGAAAGGAGAAAAUUAAUUGUGUGUCGUCUGCGUAGCAAUGAUAGGAGAGACAAUGUGAGGAUAUGACAGAGCCAAGUGACUUGGUGUAUAGACAGAGAAUAGGAGAGGGCCUAGAACUGAGCCCUGGGGGACACCAGUGGUGAGAGCACGUGGUGCGGAGACAGAUUCUCGUCACGCCACCUGGUAGGAGCGACCUGUCAGGUAGGACGCAAUCCAAGAGUGAGCAGCGCCGGAGAUGCCCAACUCGGAAAUGGUGGAGAGGAGGAUCUGAUGGUUCACAGUAUCAAAGGCAGCAGAUAGGUCUAGAAGGAUAAGAGCAGAGGAGAGAGAGUUAGCUGUAGCAGUGCGGAGAGCCUCCGUGACACAGAGAAGAGCAGUCUCAGUUGAAUGACCAGUCUUGAAACCUGACUGGUUUGGAUCAAGAAGGUCAUUCUGAGAGAGAUAGCAAGAGAGUUGGCUAAAGACGGCACGCUCAAUAGUUUUGGAGAGAAAAGAAAGAAGGGAUACUGGUCUGUAGUUGUUGACAUCAGAGGGAUCGAGUGUUGGUUUUUUGAGAAGGGGUGCAACUCUCGCUCUCUUGAAGACGGAAGGGACAUAGCCAGCGGUCAAGGAUGAGUUGAUGAGCGAGGUGAGGGAAGGGAGAAGGUCACUGGAGAUGGUCUGGAGAAGAGAGGGUAGCAUAGGCUGAGAUUAACUCUGCCUUGUUGGCCGCAGAACGGCAGUUCCAGAGGCUGCCGGAGACCUGGAACUCCACAUGGGUCGUGCGCGCAGGGACCACCAGAUUAGAGUGGCAGCAGCCACGCGGUGUGAACCGUUUGUAUGGCCUGUGCAGAGAGGAGAGAACAGGGAUAGACAGACACAUAGUUGACAGGCUACAGAAAAGACUACAAUAAUGCAAAAGAGAUUGGAAUAAAAUUAACUAAACAUCUGGGGAAGCGAGAGAGCGGGGCCUCCCUCACUUACCUUUCACUGAAACACUCAAAUAUAACUCUCCCAACUUCCACUUUAGAAAUUAUAAUUGUUGUAAACUACAGCGGUUCAUUGUUUUCUAGGAAUAUACUCUAACUUAGUUUAUUCAGCUAGCUAACUUGGUACAGUAUUCUUCCAUGAAAACCGCCCAGGGCACCGUAUCCUAUGACGCUAUAGCUAACUAGAAUGCUAGUAUCCAAUAACACACGGUUUAGCACCAAUAAUUGGUUACAACAAACUAUCAAUAGUGUGUUAACACACUAAACAGAUCAUUCGUGUCCGUGUCUAGUUCCUUUCAUAACGCAGAAAUAAUUAAACGUUGGCUAGCUAGCACAAAGUCAGUCAUGCUAGCUACACAAGUGGACUACACAUCUCGGAUGUUCAGAAAGUGAAGCUUUACGUUGCAAAAUUCUCAUUGACUAAAAUGAUAUUGUAUUUAGUUGCUACUGUACUGCUAGCUGGUAGUGUUGGUUAGCUAGCAAUGGCUGCAGUGUUGACUUUGUUUGAAAAACAGCGUCGCUGCGAACGAAUGUAGCUGGCUAGCUAACCUCGAUAGUUUCUCUAUACUACACCUUUAUCUUUGAUACAAAGACAACUAUGUAGCUAGCUAACAUUACACUAAUCAAAUCGUUCCAUUGUAAUUUAAUGUGUGUCAUAUUACCUGCGGAGCGAAGUACAGCAUGACUACUCACUCCAACUCCAUCUCCACAGAGUAUAUUGGUCACACUCUACUUACCAAGACCAUUGCUAAAUAAGGCGCGCUGUCACUUGCUUUUAUAGUAAGCCUUGAGGUGGUACCUCAAGCCUUGAGGUGGUAUUUCACACCAAACCCCUCCCUUGAGAUGAUGUAGAGGCACUUUCUCAAGGUGCCUCUACAUCAUGAUUUAUAUGGUGGAGUUGAACCGCUAGGGGCAAAGAGAGCUAGAUUUACUACUAAAAGACCAAAAUAUAUAACUUUUGCAACAAACUGUCAAAAUGAAGACCAGAAUUGAUGUGUUUCACUAGAACUAAGCCUAAAACAUCUGGUUUUCGGAAAAAAAAAUUGUUUCCAUGAAAGUUACUCUUUAAAACAAGGUGGUAUAGACGUUAAAUUGACGAACAUCACUCUGCAGUGUGUGCUCAAUAAACGUGGUUUAUUGGUGACAAGGUUUGUUGUGCAGAGUCUCUUUUUUACCAUUUACUGAACUUUUGAUAUCCAUCACCAGCUCAAAGACGUGUGCAUAUGUAAUAUUUUCCUAGAUUGUGAACAUCACCAUGAACCAGCCAAGUAGUCAGCAGAGGGAGCCGGUGGACGUGACCUUCGCGGUGCGUGGCGCCAUUGGCUACCUGAAGGGGUCAGAGGUCAGCAACCACCUGAGGCUGCUCAACAUGGUGGAGUUCAGCUACUACCUGGGCUUCCCUGUGCUGCAGAUCGCAGAGCGUGAGUCUAUUAUCAUACUGUAAUAGAUUGGGAUUUUAUGCAAAACGACACUCCUGUGAAGUUCCCUUAGGGAAAAAUAAAGGUAUUCUAAUCAAAUGUAUUCUAUUAGUCAAUCUGCUUCACCUUCUAUACACCUAUUUAUACCUCAAUAUAGAGUAUUUUCAGGUUGUCUGUACUUGCCUGAUUUCCCUCUCUUCUUUCCCAAUAGCUUUCCACUACCCGGAGUUGAACACCACCCAGUUGCUUCGCUCGUCUUGGGUUAGAACAGGUAUGCUUGCCAACACCUCUAACAUUAAAUCAGCAUUUCCCAAACUCUGUCCUGGGGACCCAACGGGAUGCACGUUUUGGUUGUUGGAAUUAUUAGUUCAUUAUUUGAAUCAGCUGUGUGGUGCUAGGGAAAAUACCAAAACGUGCACCCCUUGGGGUCCCCAUGACUGACUUUGGGAAACGCUGCUUUUAAGUAUUCCAUCCAAUCUAAAUCUCAACUGCAGCGAGUGGAUGGAUUGAAAGACAUACACAUGCAGGGCCUAUGUUCUGGCUGUGUGAUUGGCUCUGUAUUGCCUGUCCUGUGAGUGAUAUCAUAACUCUCUGUUUCUUGUCCUUGACCAGUGUUGCUUGGUGUGCUGGACCAGGGGGUGGACGAGCGGACCUUCCGGGCCAAGAUGGAACGUGGUGUGGCCCUGCUGCUAGGAGAGGUGCUGGGGGCGGCUAGGCGCACCAAGAGGGCCACCAGCGUGGGUAACCACAGUGUUCAGGUAACCACAUCAGAGCAACUAUACCCCUCAAAUUCAAAUGUUGGCCUUCCACUCCUUCUUUCAUUGUUCCCCUCUAAUCAUGGACUGAUUUAGACCUGGGACACCAGGUAGGUGCAAUUCAUUAUCAGGUAGAACAGAUAACCAGUAGUAUUCCGGACCUCAUAGGGUAAGUUUUGAAUACCCCUGUACUAUACUAUACACAAGUAGAUGUGUGUGUACAGUUUAUCUGAGGUAAGGGUGACCUGAGUGUGUACUACACUCUUAGAAAAAAGGGUUCCAAAAGGGUUCUUCGGCUGUCUCCAUAGGAGAACCCUUUUUGGUUCCAGGUAGAACCCUUUUUGGUUUCAGUUAGAUCCCUUUUGGGUUCCAUGUAGAACCCUCUGUGGAAAGGGUUCUACUUGGAAUCCAAAAGGGUUCUACCUGGAACCCAAAAGGGUUCUCCUAUGGGGACAGCUGAAGAACCCUUUUAGGUUCUAGAUAACACCUUUUUUUCUAAAAGUGUACUGCUACUCAGAGACACAUACAGUAUAAGUCAUAAACACACACACACACACACACACGCGUCUACACAUGUCCGUGCACGCACACACACGCACACACUAUGCAUUACAUUUGAGAAUCAAAUUACAGUUAUCUCGUGCUGUGCUUGACCAUAGCUCUAAGAACAGCAAGUACAGCUCUCACUCUGCGGUAAUAACCCCUAGUCUAGGCUGCCCUAGGCACUGUGUUACUGAAGAGAGUAAGUCUGGGUCGUGUGUGAUCUGACACAGAAAAACAACCUGGGUUCCCUCAGCCAGCCUCUAAACCACAUCCAGUCUCCAAGUUUUUUAGAGUGGAAUGAUGAACAGUGUGUGGCACCACCUGAACCACCCCCUUCUAAAACACACACACGCACAUACACACAUGGGUUUAUAAUAACUCCAGCUGCCAGGCAGCGAGAGAGAGAUAAUUAAUAAUUUAUCUGCUAUUAGCAACUGGUGCACACAGCAUUCGAGUAACGGGUCUUGAAAGAAAAACAAUUUGACUUGGUGGUUGGUCUUUGAGUGGCUGGCGCUGUGAUGAAAACUGUAGGUGGGGUUGCCAUGGAUACUUUGGCCUAUCCUGUCCUCUGAAUGUUGUUGUGAAGAGAGGGGAGAGAGGGGAGUAGAGCAGGUGCUGUGGAGCGCCACAAAAGGCAGAGCUUGAUUAGUAAAGCAGUGGUGCUCUGGGUAGAAAAGACUACAAGCCCUUGAUAAUGAGUCUCGCUGUUCCGAUUCAUAGAGAGCUCACCACAAGGAAUAAUAUCAACUGAAUUAGUAGGAAGGAAGCUUUCACCAGUUGAUGUGACUAACACUGUACUAGUCCACUCUGUUUGCAACCACAUGCACCAAUACCCCUUCUACAGACUACUGCUACAUUAUUAUUGGGUAAUGGUGAAAGAAAAGUAGAGGCAGAAUGUAAACCACCUAUUCCACAUUUAAACCACUGGAAGCUAGUACCAGGCAUUGUCACAGCAGAGCUACAGUGCCUUGCCAAAGUAUUCAGACCCCUUGGAUUUCUUCACCUUUUAUUGUGUUACAAAGUGGGAUUAAAAUUGACUUAAUUGACAUUUUUUGGUCUACAAUUUACAAAAAAUACUCUAUAAUGUCGAAGUGGAAGAAAAAUUCUAACAUUUUUAAAAAGAUUAAUUAAAAUAUAGUCGUUGAAAAAGUGAUCCGCUCCCUGAGUCAAUACAUUUUAGAAACACCUUUGGAAUCGAUUACAGCUGUGAGUCUUCUUGGGUAAGUCUAUAAGAGCUUUGCACACCUGGAUUGCGCAAUAUUUGCCCAUUAUUCCUAAAAACAAAAAGGUCAGCCAAACAUAAGGCUUUGCAUUCAGGCCCAAAAGUUUUGCACUAUUACUUUAAUGCCUUGUUGCAUGUUUUGGAAUAUUUAUAUUCUGUAUAUUUGUGUUCUUCUUUUCAUUAUUGUAGAGUCACUACAAUGUUGUUGAUCCAUCCUCCAUUUCUCCCAUCACAGCCAUUGAACUCUGUAGCUGUUUUAAAAUCACCAAUGGCCUCAUGGUGAAAUCCCUGAGCAGUCUCAUUCCUGUCCUGCAGCUCAGUUCAGAAGGACGACUGUAUCUUUGAUGUGUCUGGAUGGUUUAAUACAUAAUAGACAGCAUCAUUAUUAACUAGACCAUGCUUAAAGAUAUAUUCAAUUUCUGAUUUGUUAUUGUAACCCAUCUACCAAUCACUGCCCUUCUUUAUGAGGCUUUCGAAAGCUCCCUGGUCUUUGUAGUUGAAUCUGUCCUUGAUAUUCAAUACUUGACUGAGGGACCAUACAGAUGUUAUAUGUAUGGGGGAAAGAGGAAGGGUUAGUCAUUCAAAAAUCAUGUCAACCCCUAUUAUUUCACACAGUGAUCCAUGUGUAGCCCCGUGUAGCUCAGUUGGUAGAGCAUGGUGCUUGCAACGCCAGGGUUGUGGGUUCGUUUCCCACGGGGGGCCAGUAUGAAAAAAUGUAUGCACUCACUAACUGUAAGUCGCUCUGGAUAAGAGCAUCUGCUAAAUGACUAAAAUGUAAAUGUAACUUAUUAUAUGAUUUGUUAAGCCAGAUGUUAUUCCUGAACUAAUUUAGGCUUGCCUAAACAAAGGGGCUGAAUACUUAUGCAACAACUAUAUUUUAGUUUUGAUGUAUCUUUGACAUUACAGAGUAUUAUGUGUAGAUUGGUCACAAAAAAAUACAAUUAUCAAUUUUAAUCCCACUUUGUAACACAAUACAAUUGGAAGGAAUCUAAGGGGUCUGAAUACUUUUGCAAGGCACUGUAUAUAGUCUACAACUGCUGAUAUUAACAGUAACACACAUCUUCUUCCCUCCAGAUUGUGAGUACGACCAUGCUGGUGGGAGCGGACCACCCCCUGGAAAUUGUGUACUUUGUGGAGGGUCCCAGCGGGGAGCGGCAGCCUGCCAUCACUACAGCCAACAUGCUGAACCGCCUUGACGUGCAGAGGGCAGCCAUCAUACUGGGAUACAGAGUGCAGGGCAUCCUGGCUACACGUGAGUUUGAGUCUGCCAUAGCCUGGUCCCAGAUCACUUUAUGCUGUCUUGACAACUCCUAUGGUCUUGACAUAGGAGUUAGCAAGACAGCACAAACUCAUCUGGGACCAGGCUAAGUCUGCCUGCCCAGGCAGGGCUCACCUUUAAUGGAGUUAAAAUGAGCUGAGCUCAGUUGAAUUAUAAUAUGUAUGAAGGAAUGUUUUAUUUUUUUAUUUUUUUACCUUUAUUUAACCAGGUAAGCCAGUUGAGAACAAGUUCUCAUUUACAACUGCGACCUGGCCAAGAUAAAGCAAAAGCAGUGCGAUAAAAACAACAACACAGAGUUACAUAUGGGGUAAACAAAACAUAAAGUCAAAAAUACAACAGAACAAAUAUAUACAGUGUGUGCGAAUGUAGUAACUUAUGGAGGUAAGGCAAUAAAUAGGCCAUAGUGCAAAAUAGUUACAAUUUCGUAUUAACACUGGAAUGAUAGAUGUGCAAAAGAUGAUGUGCAAAUAGAGAUACUGGGGUGCAAAUUAGCAAAAUAAAUAACAAUAUGGGGAUGAGGUAGUUGGGUGGGCUAAUUUCAGAAAGGCUGUGUACAGGUACAGUGAUCGGUAAGCUGCUCUGACAACUGACGCUUAAAGUUAGUGAGGGAGAUAAGAGUCUCCAGCUUCAGAGAUUUUUGCAGUUCGUUCCAGUCAUUGGCAGCAGAGAACUGGAAGGAAUGGCGGAGCACCUAAUCAUAGUACAGUAAAUCUGCAAAAUAAAGAAUUAUACUGACUAAUUGCUUUCUCAGUAUAUGUUGGUGUGUAUUUAUAGCAGUGUUUCAACUAAUUACUAAUUACAAUAUUGCAUGCUUUCUCAAACAGCUGUAACUGUAUAUGCAUUCGUAAAUCAGGUCCUUUCUUGAGUUGGGCUUUGGGAUGUAACAACCGUUGAGCAUCUGAUCUUAUGGUUGAUUUUGGAGGAAAGGGGUUGAGUGUGUUAGAGUAUGUGCGUGUGUGUGUAUCCCACAUCUGCUGCAAGGGGGAAAGGAUGUUAGGGAGAAUAUAGGAUGAACCACAAUAAUUGCUUGACAAAAAUGUUAUGUAAUACAAUGGCAAUCCGGGUUAUAGGUAACAAUCCUACGCAUGAACUGCUGACAUUAUUACGCAUAUUAAUUGUUAAUUGAAGAUCCAAGAUGGCAUAGCAGUGCGGUCGAGUUCUUUGUUGUGUGUCUGGACCUCAGGGGGUGCCACAGGGUUCUAUUCACGGGCUGACUCUAUUCUCUGUGUAUAUCAAUGAUGUUGCUCUUGCUGCUGGUGAAGCUCGGAUCCACCUCUAUGCGGACGAAACCAUUUUGUAUACAUCUGGCCCUUCAUUGGACACUGUGUUAACAAACCUCCAAACGAGCUUCAACGCCAUACAACACUCCUUCCGUAGCCUCCAACUACUCUUAAACACUAGUAAAACUAAAUGUAUGCUCUUCAACCGAACGCUGCUUGCACCCGCCCACCCGACUAGAAUCACUACUCUCGGCGGGUCUGACCUAGAAUAUGUGGACAACUACAAAUACCUAGGUGUCUGGUUAGACUGUAAACUCUCCUUCCAGACUCACAUUAAGCAUCUCCAAUGAAAAGUUAGAUCUAGAAUCGGCUUCCUAUUUUGCAACAAAGCCUCCUUCACUCAUGCUGCCAAACAUGCCCUCGUAAAACUGACUAUCCUACCGAUCCUUGACUUCGGCGAUGUAAUUUACAAAAUAGCCUCCAACACUCUACUCAGCAAAUUGGAUGUAGUCUAUCACAGUGCCAUCCGUUUUGUCACCAAAGCCCCAUAUACUACCCACCAUUGUGACCUGUACGCUCUUGUUGGCUGGCCCUCACUACAUAUUCGUCGCCAAACCCACUGGCUCCAGGUCAUCUAUAAAUCACUGCUAGGCAAAUCCCCGUCUUACCUUAGCUCACUGGUCACCAUAGCAACACACACCGGUAGUCUGCGCUCCAGCAGGUAUAUCUCACUGGUGCCGCCGCCAUUCCUUCCAGUUCUCUGCUGCCAAUGACUGGAACGAACUGCAAAAAUCUCUGAAGCUGGAGACUCUAAUCUCCCUCACUAACUUUAAGCGUCAGUUGUCAGAGCAGCUUACCGAUCAAUGCACCUGUACACAGCCAUUCUGAAAUUAGCCCACCCAACUACCUCAUCCCCAUAUUGUUAUUUAUUUUGAUAAUUUGCACCCCAGUAUCUCUAUUUGCACAUCAUCUUUUGCACAUCUAUCAUUCCAGUGUUAAUACGAAAUUGUAACUAUUUUGCACUAUGGCCUAUUUAUUGCCUUACCUCCAUAACUUACUACAUUCGCACACACUGUAUAUAUAUUUUCUGUUUGUAUUAUUGACUAUGUUUUGUUUACCCCAUAUGUAACUCUGUGUUGUUGUUUUUAUCUCACUGCUUUGCUUUAUCUUGGCCAGGUCGCAGUUGUAAAUGAGAACUUGUUCUCAACUGGCUUACCUGGUUAAAUAAAGGUGAAAUAAAAUAAAAAGAAUGAUGGAAAUUAAGAUAUGCAAGAUAUUUGAAUAUAUAUAUAUUUUUAAAUAGCUAUGUACAGCUGUGGAAAAAAUUAAGAGACCACUGCAAAUGUUCCUUAAAUCAGCAUCUCUACAUGUAUGACAGCCAUUCCAUUCCAGCGUCUGUUGAAUUCCAACACAGGCACACCUCAUUCUACUGAAUUAGGUACUGAUUAGCUGAUCACAUGAACCAAAUCUUAUUUAACGAGGAAAAGUAUAAAAACCACUGCUGUGGUCAUCACUAUCCGCUUGCAAUAGGACCAGCUGGAUGGCAAAAACAGUGCUAAUAGUACCUCAAAAAUAAUAUUAAUCAAAAAAUAACUAUUGACCAAGCCAAAAGAGUUGAAAAGGAACGUUUUGAGUGAGGAAAAGAAAGGUUCAAUUCUGGCUUUACUGGCAGAGUGAUACAGUGAGCGUCAGGUUGCUUCCAUCCUUAAAAUUUCAAAGACGGCGGUUCAUAAGAACAAGGUCAAGCAGCAGACAUUGGGGACAACAAAACUACAGAGGGCGAAAACGACUCUCUACUGACCGGGAUGACCGCCAACUCAUUCUAAUGUCACUCAUUCUAAUGUCACCCCAAAGGUGCGGACUGCGACCGCGCCACACAAACACAACAGGUUAGGGGCCGGGUGGGCAUUCCGCCACCACUUUCUCUCCACCUCCCCGUUGCACCCCUGGUCUAGUCUGGCACCGCUGACUGGAGCUGGACCCGACGACGGUGGAUCAAACCGUACAGGCUCCGGACUGGAGCCGCUGGCCGGAGCUGGACUGGGCACCGGUCGAGCGGAUUGCUCUGGCUCCGGAGUGGAUCCGCUGACUGGAGUUGGACCGGGCACCGGUGGAACAGGCACGGGCCGUGCCGGACUGGACACACGCACCACUGGCUUGGUGCGGGGAGCAGGAACGGGCCGGACCGGGCUGACGACGCGCACCACUGGCUUGGUGCAGGGAGCAGGAGCGGGCCGGACCAGGCUGACGACGCGCACCACUGGCUUGGUGCGGGGAGCAGGAACGGGCCGGACCGGGCUGACGACGCGCACCACUGGCUUGGUGCAGGGAGCAGGAAUGGGCCGGACCGGGCUGGCGACGCGCACCACUGGCUUGGCGCGAGGGACAGGAACAGGCCGGACCGGGCUGGCAACGCGCACCACUGGCUUGGUGCGAGGGACAGGAACAGGCCGGGCUGGACUGGGAACACGCACCACUGGCUUGGUGCGGGGAGCAGGAACAGGCCGGACCGGGCUGGCGACGCGCACCACUGGCUUGGUGCGAGGGACAGGAACAGGCCGGACCGGGCUGGGAACACGCACCACUGGCUUGGUACGGGGAGCAGGAACAGGCCGGGCUUGACUGGGAACACGCACCACUGGCUUGGUGCGGGGAGCCGGAACGGGCCGGGCCGGACUGUGGAGGCGGACUGGAGGUCUGGAGCGGAGAGCUGACACAACCCGUCCUGGCUGAAUGCCUACUUCCACACAAUAUGUGUGAGGCAUCAGCACAGGACGUACGGGGCUGUGCACUCGUACUGGCGAUACAGCACGUGGCACAGGCGCAGGAUAUACGGGACCGAGGAGGCGUACUGCAGGCCACGAGCGUUGAGCCGGCACACCCCGUCCUGGCUGAAUGCCCAACUUAGCACGACACGUGCGUGGUGCUAGCACAGGACGUACAGGACUGUGCCGGAACACUCGCGGCACAGUACGUGGCUCCGCAUAACACGGAGCCUGCCCAGUCACACGCUUCCUAGCAUGAGUACGGGGAGUUGGCUCUGCUCUAACACUAGGCUCCGCCAACCACCCUUUUAGCCCCCCCCCCCCCCCAACAUUUUUUUAUUGGGGCUGUCUCUCGGGCUUCCUCCUCGGCCGGUACCCUCUGCGUUGCCGCUGCUCCUCUCUAUAGCGCGCCUCCACAGUCUCCUCCCAAGGACGCCGAUCCAUUCCGGCCUGAAUCUCUUCCCAAGUCCAGGAUCCCUUCCCGUCCAGGAUCUCCUCCCAAGUCCAGGCUGUCUGUUCCUGGACACGCUGCUUGGUCCUCUUUUGGUGGGAUCUUCUGUCACGAUCGUGUACGGAUGAGACGGACCAAGGCGCAGCGUGAUAAGCGUACAUUUUAUUUAGUACUUAACACGAACACAAAACAACAAACAAACGAUACGUGAAGUCCUAGGUUACACAAAACAAACCUUUACGGAAAAAGAUCCCACACCGACUAGUGCCAAACUGGCUGCCUAAGUAUGGUCCCCAAUCAGAGACAACGAGCUACAGCUGCCUCUGAUUGGGAACCACCCUGGCCAACAUAGAUCAAAACGAUCUAGAACCUACAACAUAGAAAAUAUAAUAUAGAAACAAAAUGUGCCUUUAGAGGCCGUGCAAUUCAGUACUCAUCUGGAAAACAAAAGCAAUUUAGGUCAAAAGAGUCCAUACUAACAAAGGAAAUAGAAGGUCUAACAGAACAGAUAGAUAGCAAUAAAAACUGUAACAUAGAGGCUCAGAAUAAAUUAGAGGAAAAAUAAAAAUAAAUGGAGAAACUUAUUCAAGAAAGAUCAAGUGUAAUAUAUUAUUAAAAUAAAGUAAACUGGAUGGAAAAAUGCAGCAAUUUCUUUUUUAAUCUACAACAUAGAAAUGCUACCAAAAAUAAUUUACUGAAACUGAUUACAAAUGACGGAGUCACCUAUGAUUCACCAAAUUAUAUUUUGAAGGAGAAAGCAAAGUACUUUAAGUAUAUGUUUUCAUUUCAUUUGCCUCAAUCUCCUCUAACUGAAGCUAAUUGUAGAGAUUUUUUUCUAUUGAUAAUGUAAAAUUAACAGCCAUACAGAAAGACUCAUGUGAAGGUGAAAUUAGGAGGAACUUCUGAAUGCAAUUAAAGACUUUAAGUCCGGGAAAACUCCAGGUAUAGCGCAUAGAAUUAAAAAGGUAUUGUUGGACAUUAUUCAUUCUAAUCAGACAGGUUUUUUACAUGGACGAUACAUUGGAGAUAAUAUAAGGCAAGUACUGGAAACAAUAGAACACUAUGAAAAAUCUGGGAAACCAGGCCUACUAUUCAUAGCAGACUUUGAAAAGGCAUUUGAUAAAGUACGACUGGGGUUUAUAUAUAAAUGCCUGGAACAUUUCAAUUUUGGAGAAUCUCUUAUAAAAUGGGUUAAAAUCAUGUAUAGUAACCCUAGGUGUAAAAUAGUAAAUAAUGGCUAUUUCUCAGAAAGUUUUAAACUGUCAAGAGGAGUGAAACAAGGUUGUCCACUAUCGGCAUAUCUAUUUAUUAUGGCCAUCGAAAUGUUAGCUAUUAAAAUCAGAUCCAACAAUAAUAUCAAGGGAUUAGAAAUCCAGGGCUUAAAAAGAAAGGUGCCAUUGUACGCUGAUUAUUCAUGUUUUCUUUUAAAUCCACAACUUGAAUCCCUCCACAGCCUCAUAGAGGAUCUAGAUAAAUUUUCUAACCUCUUUGGAUUACAACCAAAUUAUGAUAAAUGUACUAUUUUACAUAUUGGAUCACUAAAAAAUAAAAAUUUUACAUUACCAUGUAGUUUACCAAUAAAAUGGUCUGAUGGUGAUGUGGAUAUACUCAGAAUACAUAUCCCAAAUGAAAUAAAUGAGCUCACUCCAAUACAUUUUUAUAGAAAGUUAGCAAAAAUAGAUAAGAUCUUGCUACCAUGGAAAGGUAAAUACCUGUCAAUUUGUGGAAAAAAUCACCCUUUUUUUGCUCGCAAAUAUAUAUACAGUGAGGGAAAAAAGUAUUUGAUCCCCUGCUUAUUUUGUACGUUUGCCCACUGACAAAGACAUGAUCAGUCUAUAAAUUUAAUGGUAGGUUUAUUUGAACAGUGAGAGACAGAAUAACAACAACAAAAUCCAGAAAAAUGCAUGACAAAAAUGUUAUAAAUUGAUUUGCAUUUUAAUGAGGGAAAUAAGUAUUUGACCCCUCUGCAAAACAUGACUUAGUACUUGGUGGCAAAACCCUUGUUGGCAAUCACAGAGGUCAGACGUUUCUUGUAGUUGGCCACCAGGUUUGCACACAUCUCAGGAGGGAUUUUGUCCCACUCCUCUUUGCAGAUCUUCUCCAAGUCAUUAAGGUUUCGAAGCUGACAUUUGGCAACUAGAACCAUCAGCUCCCUCCACAGAUUUUCUAUGGGAUUAAGGUCUGGAGACUGGCUAGGCCACUCCAGGACCUUAAUGUGCUUCUUCUUGAGCCACUCCUUUGUUGCCUUGGCCGUGUGUUUUGGGUCAUUGUCAUGCUGGAAUACCCAUCCACAACCCAUUUUCAAUGCCCUGGCUGAGGGAAGGAGGUUCUCACCCAAGAUUUGACGGUACAUGGCCCCGUCCAUCGUCCUUUUGAUGCGGUGAAGUUGUCCUGUCCCCUUAGCAGAAAAACACCCCCAAAGCAUAAUGCUCCCACCUCCAUGUUUGACGGUGGGGAUGGUGUUCUUGGGGUCAUAGGCAGCAUUCCUCGUCCUCCAAACACGGCGAGUUGAGUUGAUGGCAAAGAGCUCGAUUUUGGUCUCAUCUGACCACAACACUUUCACCCAGUUCUCCUCUGAAUCAUUCAGAUGUUCAUUGGCAAACUUCAGACGGGCCUGUAUAUGUGCUUUCUUGAGCAGGGGGACCUUGCGGGUGCUGCAGGAUUUCAGUCCUUCACGGCGUAGUGUGUUACCAAUUGUUUUCUUGGUGACUAUGGUCCCAGCUGCCUUGAGAUCAUUGACAAGAUCCUCCCGUGUAGUUCUGGGCUGAUUCCUCACCGUUCUCAUUAUCAUUGCAACUCCACGAGGUGAGAUCUUGCAUGGAGCCCCAGGCCGAGGGAGAUUGACAGUUCUUUUGUGUUUCUUCCAUUUGCGAAUAAUAGCACCAACUGUUGUCACCUUCUCACCAAGCUGCUUGGCGAUUGUCUUGUAGCCCAUUCCAGCCUUGUGUAGGUCUACAAUCUUGUCUGACAUCCUUGGAGAGCUUUUUGGUCUUGGCCAUGGUGGAGAGUUUGGAAUCUGAUUGAUUGCUUCUGUGGACAGGUGUCUUUUUAUACAGGUAACAAACUGAUAUUAGGAAUACUCCCUUUAAGAGUGUGCUCCUAAUCUCAGCUCAUUACCUGUAUAAAAGACACCUGAGAGCCAGACAUCUUUCUUAUUGAGAGGGGGUCAAAUACUUAUUUCCCUCAUUAAAAUGCAAAUCAAUUUAUAACAUUUUUGACAUGUGUUUUUCAGGAUUUUUUUGUUGUUAUUCUGUCCCUCACUGUUCAAAUAAACCUACCAUUAAAAUUAUAGACCGAUCAUGUCUUUGUCAGUGGGCAAACGUACAAAAUCCGCAGGGGAUCAAAUACUUUUUUAAGUAUUUAGUCAGCCACCAAUUGUGCAAGUUCUCCCACUUAAAAAGAUGAGAGAGGCCUGUAAUUUUCAUCAUAGGUACACGUCAACUAUGACAGACAAAAUGAGAGAAAAAAAUCCAGAAAAUCACAUUGUAGGAUUUUUAAUGAAUUUAUUUGCAAAUUAUGGUGGAAAAUAAGUAUUUGGUCAAUAACAAAAGUUUCUCAAUACUUUGUUAUAUACCCUUUGUUGGCAAUGACACAGGUCAAACGUUUUCUGUAAGUCUUCACAAGGUUUUCACACACUGUUGCUGGUAUUUUGGCCCAUUCCUCCAUGCAGAUCUCCUCUAGAGCAGUGAUGUUUUGGGGCUGUCGCUGGGCAACAUGGACUUUCAACUCCCUCCAAAGAUUUUCUAUGGGGUUGAGAUCUGGAGACUGGCUAGGCCACUCCAGGACCUUGAAAUGCUUCUUACGAAGCCACUCCUUCGUUGCCCGGGCGGUGUGUUUGGGAUCAUUGUCAUGCUGAAAGACCCAGCCACGUUUCAUCAUCAAUGCCCUUGCUGUUGGAAGGAGGUUUUCACUCAAAAUCUCACGAUACAUGGCCCCAUUCAUUCUUUCCUUUACACGGAUCAGUCGUCCUGGUCCCUUUGCAGAAAAAACAGCCCCAAAGCAUGAUGUUUCCACCCCCAUGCUUCACAGUAGGUAUGGUGUUCUUUGGAUGCAACUCAGCAUUCUUUGUCCUCCAAACACGACGAGUUGAGUUUUUACCAAAAAGUUCUAUUUUGUUUUCAUCUGACCAUAUGACAUUCUCCCAAUCCUCUUCUGGAUCAUCCAAAUGCACUCUAGCAAACUUCAGACGGGCCUGGACAUGUACUGGCUUAAGCAGGGGGACACGUCUGCACUGCAGGAUUUGAGUCCCUGGCGGCGUAGUGUGUUACUGAUGGUAGGCUUUGUUACUUUGGUCCCAGCUCUCUGCAGGUCAUUCACUAGGUCCCCCCAUGUGGUUCUGGGAUUUUUGCUCACCGUUCUUGUGAUCAUUUUGACCCCACGGGGUGAGAUCUUGCGUGGAGCCCCAGAUCGAGGGAGAUUAUCAGUGGUCUUGUAUGUCUUCCAUUUCCUAAUAAUUGCUCCCACAGUUGAUUUCUUCAAACCAAGCUGCUUACCUAUUGCAGAUUCAGUCUUUCCAGCCUGGUGCAGGUCUACAAUUUUGUUUCUGGUGUCCUUUGACAGCUCUUUGGUCUUGGCCAUAGUGGAGUUUGGAGUGUGACUGUUUAAGGUUGUGGACAGGUGUCUUUUAUACUGAUAACAAGUUCAAACAGGUACCAUUAAUACAGGUAACGAGUGGGGACAGAGGAGCCUCUUAAAGAAGAAGUUACAGGUCUGUGAGAGCCAGAAAUCUUGCUUGUUUGUAGGUGACCAAAUACUUAUUUUCCACCAUAAUUUGCAUAUAAAUUCAUUAAAAAUCCUACAAUGUGAUUUUCUGUAUUUUUUCUCCUCAAUUUGUCUGUCAUAGUUGACGUGUACCUAUGAUGAAAAUUACAGGCCUCUCUCAUCUUUUUAAGUGGGAGAACUUGCACAAUUGGUGGCUGACUAAAUACUUUUUUUCCCCACUGUAUAUAUAUAGAUAUAUAUUUGCGAGCAAAAAAACAUAUAUGGGAUUGGAAGUGAUGCAGACAAUUACAAGUUACAAUCUAUAUGCAAUAUUAAAGCUGAUCUACCCCCUAUAAAAAAAAAACGAAUUACUUUAUCCUAUAGACUGCGCCAAAUGCCUAUCCACCUCAUUAUAUAUCCAUGUUCGGGAUGAAAGCCUAACUAACACACAGAGCACCUCAGGGGACUUCUGUCCCUGCUUCAUGACUGCUCUUAUGGCAGCUGAGGGUUCUCCCAAGGGAUACAACAAGCCUUAAUUAAGCCUAAUCAAGUCACUUCAUUGCAGCAGAAGAACCGACAGCCUAAAGAUGUUGUGUGUACCAUGCAGUGCAUCUACUGUAGCUGUUUAUAAAUGAACUUGGUGUGGAAGUUUGGAUUUCUGAUGAGGAUGGGGAUAUAUAAACACAGACAGAUGCACACACACACACACACACACACACACUCACAGACAGACACACACAGACAGGCAGGCAGACACAUGCAUGUAAUUGCACAUACAUGAUGUACACACACUCCAUGAUGUUCUAUAUCAUUUUAUAUGUUAAGUAUGUCUCUAUGGCCCUCUCCCUCUGUCCUGUAGCUGUGGAGAAGGUGGCGGGGUACCCUCCCCCGGACACGGAGAACACCAGCAUGUGGAUCAUCAUCGGUGUGGUGGUGCCUCUAGGCGUGGUCAUCGUCAUCAUCUCCAUCCUCUACUGGAAGCUGUGUCGCACCGACAAGCUGGAGUUCCAGCCUGACGCCAUGACCACUGUCCAGCAGAGACAGAAGGUGAUCAAAAAUCAAAUACAAAUAAGAGACAGAAGGUGAGGGAGGAGAUGAGGAGGGACGAUGGGCCAAGAGCAUGGUCCGAGAGUCCCCCGUUUCUCUAUGUGUGUUUCUUCACCUCUUUUAACCUGCUUUCGUCUCUGGAUGUGUUGGGUCUUACAUGUUUAUGUUGCCUGUCUCUUUGUCCAUAAUCACUGUCUUCUAUGUCCGACUCUACACAGACUAUGGGUUGUAGGAUUACGGUUUCAGUCUUUUCUGUUCUGAACAUGUUCUCACUGUAUAUAUCCAUCUACAGCACCUCUGUGCGUAGAACACUGAACUGUUAGUUAUCUCUUACACUGACAGCAAUUUUUCACACACAGCAUGGAGAGAUAUGUGUUAUCAGCCAGUCGGCUCCUCUGUGUCUCUCCACUGUUUGUGUUAUACGGUUAUCGCCCCUCUAAAGGACAUAUCUAUAUCUAGGCCUCUAUAUCUUCCUGGCAGUGCACUCCACUGGACCACUUCUUUUUCUCCAUGUCUUUAUGAGACACCCCUUCUUGUUAUUAUUGAAGGGCUGUAGUUCUCACUCUGUGAGGAGUUGUGGUAGUCUCAGGUUGGGUCUCUGGGGCAAAUCCUACAUUUAACUAAAAUGUUUUGGUGUCAAUGGGAGACUAAGUGAAAAUGUGACUUCAGUGGGAGUUUAGCCCCUGUGCUGAUAGGCUAUACUGUAUGGGAACUUAGAGUAGUAGUACUAUCUCCCUCCCCUGCUGCCCAGUGAUCCAGUGUCAUAAUGGAAAGGAUCACAUGCUCUCUAUGUGGCAGCAGCCCAUGCAGGAGAGAGGAUCACAAGCUCCCUAUGUGGCAGGCAGCCCAACAGUAAUUGGCUCUCACUGCCGUAAGGCACAGCAGCUGUGUUCUUGCCCAUGGCUGCCCCCGCAGCUCCACACAGCUCUGUAAGAUCCCCCUGGCUGACAGCAACACACACGUACGCACACUCACAUAUACAUAUGCACGCGCACACACAGACACCCUGCAUAAUACACACUCAUUGCUAUCCAGACAACCAGGAUCUGCUCUGCCUACUGCUGCUGCUGCUGGGGGCUGGCUUAUGUCUAUCCUUACACACACACACAGAGAGACGUAGGUGGCUGCCUCUCGUAUACUGUUAUUAGGGGUUAUCCUGUCUCUCUGAUGGAUCAGUCUGUCUGGUCUGUCUGUGUUGUUAUUAGGGGUUAUCCUGUCUCUCUGUUGGAUCAGUCUGUCUGGUCUGUCUGUGUUGUUAUUAGGGGUUAUCCUGUCUCUCUGUUGGAUCAGUCUGUCUGGUCUGUCUGUGUUGUUAUUAGGGGUUAUCCUGUCUCUCUGUUGGAUCAGUCUGUCUGGUCUGUCUGUGUUGUUAUUAGGGGUUAUCCUGUCUCUCUGUUGGAUCAGUCUGUCUGGGCUGUCUGUGUUGUUAUUAGGGGUUAUCCUGUCUCUCUGAUGGAUCAGUCUGUCUGGUCUGUCUGUGUUGUUAUUAGGGGUUAUCCUGUCUCUCUGAUGGAUCAGUCUGUCUGGUCUGUCUGUGUUGUUAUUAGGGGUUAUCCUGUCUCUCUGAUGGAUCAGUCUGUCUGGGCUGUCUGUGUUGUUAUUAGGGGUUAUCCUGUCUCUCUGAUGGAUCAGUCUGUCUGGGCUGUCUGUGUUGUUAUUAGGGGUUAUCCUGUCUCUCUGAUGGAUCAGUCUGUCUGGGCUGUCUGUGUUGUUAUUAGGGGUUAUCCUGUCUCUCUGUUGGAUCAGUCUGUCUGGUCUGUCUGUGUUGUUAUUAGGGGUUAUCCUGUCUCUCUGAUGGAUCAGUCUGUCUGGUCUGUCUGUGUUGUUAUUAGGGGUUAUCCUGUCUCUCUGAUGGAUCAGUCUGUCUGGGCUGUCUGUGUUGUUAUUAGGGGUUAUCCUGUCUCUCUGAUGGAUCAGUCUGUCUGGUCUGUCUGUGUUGUUAUUAGGGGUUAUCCUGUCUCUCUGUUGGAUCAGUCUGUCUGGUCUGUCUGUGUUGUUAUUAGGGGUUAUCCUGUCUCUCUGUUGGAUCAGUCUGUCUGGUCUGUCUGUGUUGUUAUUAGGGGUUAUCCUGUCUCUCUGAUGGAUCAGUCUGUCUGGUCUGUCUGUGUUGUUAUUAGGGGUUAUCCUGUCUCUCUGAUGGAUCAGUCUGUCUGGUCUGUCUGUGUUGUUAUUAGGGGUUAUCCUGUCUCUCUGAUGGAUCAGUCUGUCUGGUCUGUCUGUGUUGUUAUUAGGGGUUAUCCUGUCUCUCUGUUGGAUCAGUCUGUCUGGUCUGUCUGUGUUGUUAUUAGGGGUUAUCCUGUCUCUCUGUUGGAUCAGUCUGUCUGGUCUGUCUGUGUUGUUAUUAGGGGUUAUCCUGUCUCUCUGAUGGAUCAGUCUGUCUGGUCUGUCUGUGUUGUUAUUAGGGGUUAUCCUGUCUCUCUGAUGGAUCAGUCUGUCUGGUCUGUCUGUGUUGUUAUUAGGGGUUAUCCUGUCUCUCUGAUGGAUCAGUCUGUCUGGUCUGUCUGUGUUGUUAUUAGGGGUUAUCCUGUCUCUCUGAUGGAUCAGUCUGUCUGGUCUGUCUGUGUUGUUAUUAGGGGUUAUCCUGUCUCUCUGUUGGAUCAGUCUGUCUGGUCUGUCUGUGUUGUUAUUAGGGGUUAUCCUGUCUCUCUGAUGGAUCAGUCUGUCUGGUCUGUCUGUGUUGUUAUUAGGGGUUAUCCUGUCUCUCUGAUGGAUCAGUCUGUCUGGUCUGUCUGUGUUGUUAUUAGGGGUUAUCCUGUCUCUCUGGUGGAUCAGUCUGUCUGGUCUGUCUGUGUUGUUAUUAGGGGUUAUCCUGUCUCUCUGAUGGAUCAGUCUGUCUGGUCUGUCUGUGUUGUUAUUAGGGGUUAUCCUGUCUCUCUGAUGGAUCAGUCUGUCUGCCUUCUUUUCCUCCGCCUCCAACCUCUCCGUCCAACUGGGCCGUUUGGCUCCAGGGCUCAUGCUGGAGUGAGGCAGCCGUACACUGAUGUGCAGAAACAUCUAUCGUUCCCUACCUCUGCCUAAUACCUCUUAUCACCCACCCACCCACCCAUCACAUAACACAUCCCCUCUGUCCACUUCUAUUUCUUUUCCCUGUUUCUGUUCAGUCCACUCAAUCGUUCAGGGAAUCAUCGUUCAGGGAAUCAAGGUCUCCUCUUCCAAUCAAGAGGCAAAUAACCAUUAGUGAGAGUGAGGAGGAAGAGGAAAAGGAGGAAGAAGAAGAGGAGGAGGAGGAAGAUGAGGAAGAAGAGGAGGAGGAGGAAGAUGAGAAAAAGGGGAAGGUACAGAGUAGAAGCUAGUAGUUUGUAGAACACCCUGAAGAGAAUGGGUUGUGUAGUGUGUAGAGGACUUGAAUCCAUUGGUUGUUGUGAGUAGAGGAUGGUAGCAUAUUGUCCCUGUACUAAAGGGGCAAUGAAGUCCCAUGGUAGUGAGUGGAACACCCAGAGACCUUGUCAACUCAUCACAUGUAUCAAUCUCCAUCCACUACAUCUGCUCAGGGGCCAAAGCUUCCUCCUCCCAAGCCAAAACCAAAGCAGAAAAGUGAGAGCUAUGAGGAGGAAGAGGAGGAGGAGGAGGAAGAAGAAGAGGAGGAGGAGGAAGAUGAGGAAGAAGAGGAGGAGGAGGAAGAUGAGAAAAAGGGGAAGGUACAGAGUAGAAGCUAGUAGUUUGUAGAACACCCUGAAGAGAAUGGGUUGUGUAGUGUGUAGAGGACUUGAAUCCAUUGGUUGUUGUGAGUAGAGGAUGGUAGCAUAUUGUCCCUGUACUAAAGGGGCAAUGAAGUCCCAUGGUAGUGAGUGGAACACCCAGAGACCUUGUCAACUCAUCACAUGUAUCAAUCUCCAUCCACUACAUCUGCUCAGGGGCCAAAGCUUCCUCCUCCCAAGCCAAAACCAAAGCAGAAAAGUGAGAGCUAUGAGGAGGAAGAGGAGGAGGAGGAGGAAGAAGAAGAGGAGGAGGAGGAAGAAGAGGAGGAGGAAGAGAAAAAUGGGGAAAAAUAAAACAGUGUUGAAAGGGAAGAAGGAAAAGCAGAAGGUACAAUGAACCGUAGAAAGAAAGUAGUCCUCUCCCUAUUAGACGUGUUUCCAGGCUUUAGAGAGCAGUUGGUCAGACACUGUGAAUUCACCAGAGAUGGUAGCUAGUUUGGCCCAGUCAUGUUUUAUAGAAAAACGAAGGAUUUGUUGAGCACUUGUCUUCAAUGUUUUUGAUGCUUAUCAUCAUUGCAGUUUUAGAAGUCUCAUCCAAAUAGGCCGUAUAUUGGAUGGAUACCAUACUACCAUACUAUAAUUAAGCAAUAAGGCCCGAGGAGGUGUGGUAUAUGGCCAAUAUACCAUGGCUAAGGGCUGUUCUUAUGCAAGACGCAACGCGGAGUGGCUGGAUACAGCCCUUAGCCAUGGUAAAUUGGCCAUAUAUCGCAAACACCCGAGGUGCCUUAUUGCUAUUAUAAACUGGUUACCAACUUAAUUCGAGCAGUAAAAAUAAAUGUUUUGUCAUACCCAUGGUAUACGGUCUGAUAUACCAUGGCUGUUAGCCAAUCAGCAUUCAGGGCUCGAACCACCCAGUUUAUAAUGUACAGUAUCAGUCUUUAGUAAGUACUGUAGUUCCCAUUAGACUAGGCCAAGGUAUUCAAUAUUUGUUUCUCUCUUUUGAUUUCUCCCAACAUAGUGAAUAGCGUGUGAGUAGAAUCAGUAGCAUAGCCUAGAUCUGUGUGGGGUGCGGGUGUUUUUAUCUAGCUAUUCAGUGAGUUGGUGACAGUAAGACCAGUGGAUGCUUACUGCUUAGCAUCCCCAGUUUAUCAUACUGGAGAGCUUUCCCUCUCAAAGACAAAGCUUAUUUACAUGCAGAAUAGAGAGAGAUAGAGAGAAACUGAGAGAAAGACAGAGAGAGAGAGAAGGAGAGAGGCAGAGCAGCACACAGCUUCUCAGUGGACCCAGUGGAUUAGCAGGAAACGCACAUCGCACAAGCCUCUCGUGAAGCCAUCCAUGUUUCGCUCCAUCAGAGCAGUACGUUUUAGAGAAAGCUGUGUGAUCCACCAGAAUAAUCAAUUCCCAUAUGUCAAUGUAAUGUAUGCUGUUGAGGGUUAUAGUGUGGUACGGUGGCAGUGUCAACCAGUCUCCUCUUCUUCAUUCAAUAUUCAAUAAGGAAUCCCUGUGACUUGACUGAUUUCUUAACACCGGAAACCUACUUACUGCACACACAUACAUAACACAGCUCAGGUCUCUCUGUCUAUCCCUGUGUUGUGAGACAGCCCCUGAGGCAUUGGACUCCAGGGCACAGCACUCUGCUCGAACCCCCCUUGAAGAGAGCAGACAGACAGACAGACAGUCCUGUGUUUACCCCACUUUACUAUCACUCUGCUUUUUAUUCAUUCAUGCCUUUCUGACUCUCCCUGCGCUCUCCCCAUCACCCAGUCAGCCCAGUCACUCACUACUCACUACCCCUCCAUCGCUCUGUCACUUCGCUCGCUCGCUUCUCUCUCUCCUGAGGGGAAAUGCAGCCUGCCUGGCCUACUUCUGUCCGUCUGUCCGUCUGUCUGUCUAUCCUCCUCCCGCUGCGGUCGUAUAUCUGUCUGAUGACACCUUCCCUCGGCUCUAAAAGCAGCUGGCAAAUCAAUGACUGUGAUUUUUUUAUUCUCCCUCUCACCCCCUCUCUCAAUCACUCCAUUUUCCCUGUUGCUAUUAUAUAUCCUCUUCCUCGCUCCCUCCACCCUCUGGUUAUCUCUCUCUCCCUCCUCUCUCCAUCCCUUCCUCCUCUUUGUGCCCUCUAUCCUCCUCCUCCUCCUCCUCCUCCUCCUCCUCCUCCUCCUCCUCGUCAGCUCCAGGCUCCCAGUGUGAAGGGCUUUGACUUUGCCAAGCUGCACCUGGGCCAGCACAGUAAGGAUGACAUCAUGGUAAUCCAGGAGCCUGGCGCCCCCGGCCCUCCCCUGCCCAACCCCAGCGCCAAGGAAGCCGCCUCGGAGAACGGCGAGUUCCCCACCCCUAAGUCAAAGGGGACCUCCGUCUCCUCCACCAAGGCGUCCCGCAGCGCACGCAGACGGGGAAGGUCAGUAGCCCCCCCCCCACAGUGUGUGUAUGUGGCUAUGUAGCUCUGCCUCAUUCACCUCAGGAGAUUCUAGUAGACAUGUUUUGAAAGAUGUUCCAUUCACAACAGCCAAUCUUAAUAAAUUAUUAAUGCAAUACGGUACAUUAGACAUUAGUCAAAUAGUCUAUAUUUUGCAUUAGUAGGUAAUGGUUUUAUAUAUUGUGAUAGAGAAUGGACGCUCUGACUGAAAGAUAAUUUAUCCUCGCUAAUUGCUUUAGCUAAUAGCAGAUCAUUUAGGCUUGAAUGCAGGAGUGGCAGUCAGCACUCUGAAUCCAGUGGUGAGUGUGAUAGUUUGCUGUCACAUUGUCACUAAUGUAGCGCAUUAGAGUGGUAAUGAUUGAAAGAGAAGAGUUUAUAUCGACAUUUCCUCGACUCUGGAGAGCUGUUCGACCAAGUUGGAUAGGAAUUUAAUUAUACUGUCAAUGGGAAUAAUCCUAGUGAUAGAUUAUAACAAAAAGCUUAUUUCUUUCAAGAAAAAGCCAUUACAAACGUAUUUCCCCCUGGAAUUGAUUAAUUAACAACUACUAUUCAUCCACUGUAGUUUUAAUUCUAUAUAGUAUAUACAGCUUCAGAAUAGUGUACACAUGUGUACGCAUGUUUGUGUGUGUGUGUGUGUGUGUGUGUGUGUGCGGGCUUGCGUGUUUGUACGAACAUGACAAGUUUGUGUGUGUGUGUGUGUGUAUGCACACUUACUGUACAUGUGUGUGCACAUGUACGUCUAUUUGCUUCCGUGACACGUGUGUGUGUGUGGGUUUCCGGGGACAGGAUCUCUCCAUCGGACGGGGACUCCAUGGUGAGCGCUGGGUCCAGUGAUCGUGAGAGGGAGUCAACCGAGGAGAACCUGAGAGCCAUCGCCACCCCAAACGACAGCAAGCAGGCCCGCAAGAUCCCCAUCAAUGUUUUAAAUGGCAAGUGUCCAUGGCAACACUGGCUCACAUCCAUGCUCCAAGUACACAGAGAGAAGAGGAGGUGGGGCAGGGGAGCAGAGAGAAAGAGAGAAAGGCCAACGCAUGUUGAGAGGAAAAACAAGGGAAAUAGAGAAACAAGCAACUGAUAGACAGAGCAGGAGCGAAGGAGAGACAGAGAGAGACAGAGAGCAAGAGAAGGGGGAGAGACAGAGUUAGCGUGAUAGUGAGGGAGGUAGUGUGUCUGACAGCCUGUUGAAAGGCCUGUGUAAUGCCCCUCUGGCCUGGUUGCUGGGUUGGACACUGUGCAGACAGAGACAGAGCCAAUGCCAGCCAGGCACAGACAGAACCUGACUCACCACAGAGGAAUGGCUCCAGCAGUACGAUCUCACAGCACUUCCUCCUGCACUCUGCAGUACGUACACACACACAGACACACACACACACACAUACAAACGCACUCACACACACACACACACACACUGUCGGACUCUCACACAGACACACACUCACACAGUCUCACAAACAUGCACGCAUAGUCGCGCGUGCACACACACACACACACACACACACACUACCUCUCAGAGCUGCUACUCAGCCUGCUAAAUACAGGUUCCGUCCCUUCUCUCCACAGUCUAAACAGGCUUAGCUGAGGCCAGGAGACAAAACGUUAUCAGCACUGGAAUUCCUUCUUCUAAAUGACCCUCAGCCUUCCCUCUGCUAUGGAUGGUCAAAGACCUGACAUAGCACUCAGAGUAGUGUAUACACACCAGUGAUGAUGUAGUGUAGAGCUAUGUCAGACUCCUCCAGUAUUGGCUCUAUAUUGCCUGGGUCUAUCGCUGACGUAGUCCUGUAGAAAUGGUAGGGAUAGACUUUAGCCUAUAUGGAUAUAUUCUAAACACAAUUACCUUGUCAUCCGUUUAACUUGAAUCUUUCUGUCUGUCUGCUGUUUUCCCGUAACUGCACUUUCUCUGUCUUGUCUGUUGUGGCUUUCAGGGAAGAAUAGAAUUGGUAAGAGUUUUUCUUUCUGUCAGUUCGACUUCUGUCGGUGUUGAAGUAGACAUGAGGCUUUUGUGACUUGUAGCUGCUGUCUGUGUGACUGUGAUGUGUCGUCCAUUUUGUUGUGAUUGCUUUGUGUCGUGCUUCUCAUCAAUCAUCACUAUUCAGAUGUCAGAUGUGUCGUCCCAGAGAUGGGGAGCAAUGAAUGUUCUUGAACAACAGUAGUUUUAACGUUAGCUUUGCCAUGAACUUGCCUUUUUCUUGUUGUAGCUCCCAACAAAAAAAAAAUAACAUUAUUAUUAUUAUCUUACAUUGGAAUACAUAUAAAAACAUAUCUUCAUCAUGUUAAAAGUAGUAAUCCAUUUGAAUGUAUUUUCAUGCAUGUAAAGUACACUAUUCAGUGAAUCCAUUUCAAAGGAUCUGCCCCCUGGUGGUGAAAAUAGUUACAUGACACCUGUAAGUUUUAUCACUCAAACUUCCAGACUUGCCUGGCUGUGAUGUUGACCUUAGACUUCCUCCCUGAUCUCCCUCAGGUCCUCCACCCAUGAACGGCCAUGACGAGCAGCUCUCGUCGGCCUCCAUCUUUGAGCAUGUGGACCGCAUGUCGCGCUCGGCCGACGGCACCCGCCACUUGUCCAAUAAGAUCCAGCUGAUCGCCAUGCAGCCCAUGGCCUUCCCAGCCCAGCACCACGGCGCCACUGUCAACGGUAACAACGGCAGAGGGCAAGAGACACACAACAUCUUCAACAAGGAGGUGAGACCCUCUAGGACCCACUAACACCCUUCCUCAGACACGUAUUCAGGUUACAGUAAUGUCAUUCAUUACCUUACAUGGGGAGCAUGGUAUGAACAGUAGACUCUAAUGUGAGUGUCUCUGAUCCUCUCUAGUCUCCCCACUGUCUGGACAUCCACAAGGGUUCUUCGGCUGUCUCCAUAGGAGAACCCUUUUUGGUUCCAGGUAGAACACUUUUUGGUUCCAGGUAGAACCCUUUUGGGUUCCAUGUAGUUCUACAUGGAACCCAAAAGGACUUUGAACUUUGUAGUUCUACAUGGAACCCAAAAGGGUUAUACCUGGAACCAAAAGGGCUUCUUCAAAGGGUUCUCCAAUGGCAGGGGUGUCAAACUCAUUCCACUGAGGGCCGAGUGUCUGCAGGUUUUUGUUUUUUCCUUUCAAUUAAGACCUAGACAACCAGGUGAGGGGAGUUCCUUACUAAUUAGUGACCUUAAUUCAUUGAUCAAGUACAAGGGAGGAGCAAAAACCCACAGACACUCGGCCCUCCGUGGAAUGAGUUUGACGCUCGUGUCCUAUGAGGACAGCCGAAGAACCCUUUAAGGUUCUAGAUUGCACCUUUUUCUCUAAGAGUGUACAGACAAAAGAGAUGUUAUCUCAGUCAGACUAACCUGUAUAAAUCAAGGUCAAAUGAAGUAUUCAGUAUAUAUAGUAAAGCUGCAUCUGGCCAAGUGUGUCACUGCAGUCAUAUCUGACUGUUAUUAUUAAGAUCCAGGUGGCGUUGAGGCACAAGUCUGAGAUCGAGCACCACCGUAAUAAGAUCCGUCUGCGGGCCAAGAGGAAGGGUCACUAUGACUUCCCUGCCAUGGACGACCUGGUGGACAACGGUCUGACCACUGACCCCAAGGACCAGGACCGUAUCUACCACAAGGCCCAGAUGCAGAUCGACAAGAUCCUGGACCCCGACAUCCACAUACCCUCGCUGUUCAUGGAGCCUAAAAAGAGGUCAGGGGUUAUUUGGGGUUGGGGAGGGGUAGGGUGCACACAGGGAGGGGGUGUGUAUGCGUGCGUGUGCAGUAAAUGUACCUGAGGGAACUGCAGUAUGUCUGUAUGUUUCUCAUUAUAAAAGACACCGCUAUUCAGAACUUUUUCUCAAGGGAAUGUCAUCUAGCUAUUUUUCACUGAUGACUGACUGAGAAAAUUCCUCUUUGGAGCUGUACGCCAUCCAGAAACGUCUAGACUAAUUUGUUUUGUUUUGAUAACUUUGAACUUUGGAGAAACUUUCAGGGUGUUUUUUUCAAUUGUUCUGCAUUGCAUGCUUUUUGCAGUCACAAUGAGGAGAAAUCUCCUACCGGUAUGAGACUAUUUUGGACAGUGGAAAAGUAUAACGAGUUUUUAAAAUACGCCUUCAGUUUGCCAACAUUUUAGAGAGAAAGAUAAAGAUAUCUCAGUUGAAUAAUCAGUCACGUUUGAUGUCUAUUCAGAUUGCCGGGCCUCCAUUCCAUUCCAAACGACCAGUAGAUAAGAGUCCAGGCCUAAACGUUUUGAUUCUGUCUCUGCGUCGGAAAUGUAUAGCACACUACUUUUGAGUGCAGGUAAAAAGUAGUGCACUAUAUAGGGAAUAAGAGUGCCAUUUUUAGACCAAAUUGGUCAAAAGUAGUGAACUAUAGGGAAUAUGGUGCCAUUUCAGUGUUUGGCAAUGUGUGUUUUCCCUUCCAUAAUAAUGUAUGUGCUGCUACUCUGUAUUGACAUGUGUCUCUCUCUCAGUGGCAGGGGGAAGCGUUCUCCCAAGCAGAAGAAGAAGCACCAGCUGAACGGCAGCCUGACAGACGCAGACAAGGACCGCCUCAUCUCCAACGACAGUGAUGGCACCUACAGGAAAUACCCUGGCGUCAACAACGUGGCCUAUGUGGUGGGUAGACCUGUCGAACAUAUUGCAAUAACACACACAAACACAAACACAAAUCAAUAUUCCAAUAGAAAUCUCAAACAUAGAGAGUAAAAGGGUACUUUAAAAGUCAAUAUCAUGUUGUUAACGGAGAGGGGACAGAUGUAACGUACAUAAAACAUUUAUGUUCCUUUUUGCAUUGUUACAAAGCAUAAAACAGAAUCACAUUUUUGCGAUUCUUUCUUUCCAACUGCAAACUGAUCUGAAUGAAGUCAUAAUGUGUAUAAUGGCUUUGGCUAAUGACCAUCUUUCUCCGCCCCUCUUCACGUUAGUACCACAUUAGUAAAAUCUAGUCUCUUAUUGUUUCCAGUCGGACCCUGACCAGGCCCCAGAGUCCGGGAACCCCUCCCCCAACGACGACGUCUUCCUGGGCCCCAUCUCGCCCCCUCCGGGGCAUGCCCCUCCCCCUCCCCCCUACAUGCCCCCCCAGCCCUCCAUUGAGGAGGCCCGGCAGCAGAUGCACUCUCUGCUGGACGAUGCCUUUGCCCUGGUCUCCCCCACCUCCCAGGGCAGCACGGCCGGCCUCACCCUACCUGGUGUCAACUCCAACCUCCCCAGCUCCAGCCCCCCACCCCGCGGUGGAGCCCGCCCCUGGGGCUCGUCUUACCCAGCACUCAGCCCCUUCUCCUCGGUGAGUCUGUAUGGCCUCCCCUGCACAGAUCUAUUAACACCUCUGGUCCUACUGACAGCUCUCCUGCUCGGUCCUUGUCCUGCUACAGACGAGUGCAAUUGA